CAAGAGAUGAAUGUUGCCGACCACUUGCUUAUCUAGUUAUACCAACUUUAGUAAUGACCGCAGGAUAGCAAUACACAGCGGUCUAUGUACGCUUCUACACGCAAACCUCAACCAAAAAUCAAUUCGUUAGGGCUCCCCAACAAACAAGCGGCUGCUGGAAGAAAGUGAGUAAGAUGUGUUUGGUCUCUUUGCUCGAGAAAUCAGGGCAAAACUAAAAAGAUGUUUGGUGGCUAAUGCUAUGGCUGGGACCCUACAUUUACUGUUGAUGAAGUUAGGUGCUGUUCUGAGCAUUAUUUGUGGCUAAAGAGUGGCUUUUUGGUUGAGCACAUGGCUCCUGGGACCGUUUAUAUUGCUAUCCUGCAGUCAAGUUAGUAUAACUAGAGAAGCAAGCUGUCAGCAACAUUCAUCUCUCAAGGGAGUGUCUAACUUGGUGUUACGGUGUGUUUGACCCUGACUUAAUUUUACACCAGAAUAUCACUUUAAAGUAGAAGUGAUGCAAAAGUGCAUGUACUUAUGCUAUGUGACAGCAUGUCCCUGCAAAGUUUAGAAAUGCAGACAGCAGAGGAGCAGAAAAAAAUGCCAAACAGAAAAUCUGUUCACAUUUGGUGCUGAAAGGGGGCUAAGUUCAGACCUGACUUUAUUAUACUUUUUCUUUACAUUAUUAUUUUUGAAUGUUUUUCGUUAAAAAAUUGUGAAAAGGAAAUCUGCCGUCCGACCAGCCUAAACUGUCGCUUCACACUUCAGACAAAGUCUAAAUUACUCAUAAAGGAAAUACAUUUUAUAAGUUGUUUGUUUUUCUGGAAAUGCACUAGGCUGAGACUUCAAAACAGAGUCUUCAAAGAAGAAUACUGACCUUAAUUUUCUUUUUACCAUAACACCCCUCGUGGGCAGCAUCUCUAAUGUAGAUAAGAGCCAUGGUACUCAGUGUCUUUUGGGGGUAAAAACACCCUCAGUAGCAGCUGGAGCUACAUGGACUCUGACUUUGAUGCUGCAAAGUUUGUUUAAGGGCUGUUGCAACUAGUAUUUAGCUUAAGAUGUCCUCCCUCAUCUGUACACCUGCGCAUAUAAAAAAAAUCACUUUCUUCUACGAUAACAGACAUAUAGUGCAGUACAGACAACUUCUCCAUAAAGGAAAAGUGAAAAUAUCUGAGGUUUUAAUUUCCAUCAAUAUCGCCUGGCUCUAAUAUCCCAAAAUAAAUCAUUAAUCCAAACAGGUAUGAAAAAAAAAAGUGUUACAGUCUUCCUAAUGUUGAACAGAGAUGUGAGGAAACUACACUUCCAUAUUUCACUCAGACCAGCUAUUCUCCUCCUCCUCCUCCUUUUUCCUCUACCAAAGGGUGGGCUGUAUUUGCACCCUGGGUGUUGAUGGAGGAGGUGGGUGAGGAAGGGCUGAGCAUGGUAAUCACUAAAGGCGGGCUUGUUGCUAUGGCGUCCUGCGGCUACACGGUGACAGCAGCGAGAGCUUAUUGAGUUGCACAGAGGAGGAAGAAGCAGUGGAGCUGCUGAGAGCACUGUGGAUUACACACACACACACGCACGCACGCACGCACACACACACACACACAAACACACACACACACACGCACAUACACAUACACACACACACACACACAAAAUAUGACUCACUACCUGGAAAAACUAGGUGCUAGCUGCACUGAUCCUUUAACACAACAUCUGACCCUGUAACUAAAUCUAAACUUUGACAAACUAAACAGAGUGGGACACUUUGCUUGAAGUUAGAAUAACAACAGUCCCCAUAAGGAUAACAAGACAAGUACACACACUUGUAUGCAUACUGAGCAUGUGCUUAUAAUGCCCAAAAAAGAAGCAGACAAUCCAGACCUACAAACACAUGCAAAACAAAUAUAUCCCCAAGAAACAGCCAUCCAGGGCAAAUUGACAACUGCCCACACAUUUGCCUGAAAUAAACAAAUUCAAACACUCACACGGACAGACAAAAGAGAGAGAGAGAGAGAGUGUGUGUGAGAGAGAGAGAGAGAUCCAGUCACGCCAACCAUCUAAAACGCAGCAGCACACUUGCAGGAUGGGACGAUGUGUGCUGAUAGCAAACUGAGCCAACCCGACACCAAACAUCAAGCUGAGGAGUGGUGGGCUUUGGAUGCAGCCUGCUGGACCAGAACGAACACAAACACGACGAGGCGUGUGCAGGGAAUAAAAGAAGAAGAAGAAGAGGUUUAUUCUGUCAGAGUCAAAAAUGUGCAUGCUUGCACACAUGCAAAGAAAUCCCUGAUAAACUCACCGCUCUCACUCUGACUGACUCUCAUUCCGAUAAACCUUUCUUGCACAUGCACAUAUACACAAUCACACUUAAGCAACACACAGGUAGCACCUCAGUGCCGAAAUAGCAAUUACCCCUCUUCUGCUGUGAGAUAGGAGCUGCUGGCCCCUGGAGCAGGCGCCUGUUAUUACUUAUGUAAAUAUGGCAUGGUAGUGUCUCUAUCCAAUUUAGAAAAGAAUGACGGUAGCAAUGGGUGUGUGUGUGUGUGUGUGUGUGUGUGUGUGUGUGUGUGUGGCAAUGAGCACAGGGAGCUCUAUCUACAUAAGGAUGAGGGUAAGAGUAGAGUGUGUGUGUUUGUGUGUUAUGUGCACACUUGUGAAGACAGGAAGUGUGUCGAGUCAUUUCAGUCUGGUAGAAUUGGGAGGCAGAGAGACAGCCGAGCAGUGAUGAAGGAGAUCAUGGAGGAGAGGUCCAUACAUUUUGGAAAAGAAAUUGGUUUUCUGAAAUUGUGAUUUUCAAUUUAGUAUGUAGGCACGACUCAGGCGAUGAUCGCUCACUCCUAUACAUAUAAUUUUCAUACAGAAGGAUUGUUGAGUAUUUUUCUCACAAAGCACCCACAUUAGCACGCCAGACCAGUAGGUGGUGAUGAUAGGCGAUCAGUCUGUCACAUCAAACUCCAUAGAGGAGCAUCAUAUGCAUGCCUGUUGAGCUGCUUCUUGUUCAAGUGUAGAUGUAAACAGUGUUAUUCCAACUGUGUAAGGAGCCUGUUGAUUCUCCUGCACUGCAAUUUAAUGUUACAGUCAAACUGUCUGCAAACAGUGAUGAGCAGACAUAAGACAGGCAUGCAGGAUAUAUUAACUACAACUGCCAUAUCAUCACCCUAUUAAAAUAAUGAGGAUCAUGCCAUGAGCCUAUCGACUAAGGAUUGGGCAUUUUUCAACUAAGGGUUUAGGCGAUUUUACCAGAGAUGGCCAGCAUUAUCAAGAAUUGAUUUAGGCCAAAAACUCAUUUUCAUCAAAAAUGACUUUGCUGUCCUUACAAAUACAGAACUGAGUUUUUUAAACAAGCUUCACCUUUGAAGGCAUUUCCUUCAAAAAAAACUUUCACAUAUUGUGGAGCAGCAAUGAGGUGGCUGUGGAAACACAUUCACAAAUGCAAGUUAAAGCUGAUCCUUGCAAAGAGGAAACCAUCUGUAAACAUGGUUAGGAAAUGAUCACAACUUCUCUGGGCUCAUUUAAGAUGGUCUGAGAGGAAGUGGGAAACCAUCCUAUGAUCUGAAAAAUCAACAUUUGACAUUCUUCUUGGAAAUAUUGGACAUCACAACCUCACUUCCAAACAGCAGAGGGACCAACCAGUUUGUUAUCAGCUCACAGUUCAAAGCCAGCAUCCCUGAUGGUAUGUGGAAGCUUCCACAUCAGGCUCAUUAAUGCUGAACAAUAUAUACAGCAACAAACACAUUUCUGCAUUUUGAAGAGUCCCAUAUGUCCCUGGAGUAUGGGCUGCAAAAGUAAUAUACGAUUAUCAGUAGUUUGUUUAUAAAUGAUGGGCUAAGACUUAGAAAGUGGAAUUAAGGGAUUUAAUGCGACAGCCAAGCAUCAUGAAGAGAAACAGGCGUUUGGGUAGAAGUAGGUUCAGCCUUGGUCUUAUGAAAAAGCAGCUUGUGUGUUCAUCUGAGAAACGAUUCCAGUCCGGUGGAUUUUUAUCUCAUUGCUGUUCAGCUCUGACCUCCUGCUGCUCCUUUGAUCUCCUUUUCCCUCUCCGCUCUGGUCUCCUCGGACUCCCACUCGCUCUGACCUCCAGGUACUGUCUUCCUGAUUUUGGGCCCAGAGAGCACUGCAUGAAGCUGGGGAUCUGGAGGCGGUGGGCAGGGCCUGGAGCCUGGGGGGUUUAUGGACCAGCAGGGGAGGUUUUAGUUGAAACAAUGACCCAAACUGUAAGGAGGGAGGAGAGAGAAGACAGGGUGGGGGGUUGCCUUUGGACAAUAAAUGUGUACUUCACUCCCCGAAGAGACAUGAAGAUUGAGGUCUUUUACUGACCAGAGGGUGCAAGGCCAAAGGAAGUCAGCGCAAAUGAAAAGAGUGACUCGUGGUUAGGAAACAGCGAUAGAUCAAUAGGUAACAACAUGUCUUCAAGACCAAAAAUUAAGUUUUGUUCACACUAUAGCAAAGGGAUAAAGGGACUACAGAGACCAUCAUCCUAUGUGUGUCCAUCCAUCUUUACUAAACUACCUGGCUGCAGACACAGAGACCACCAAAAAUAUUGGUGGUUAGUUGUUUAUGAACCUGAGGGUAGACGAAGGUAUUCAGCCAAACUUUAAACCUCCUUACACCUUCAACCAUCCUCACAAGGUCUGUCGUCCUUCAGUAUCUAGGAAACAGAAGUUAGCACUCAGGACAAAAAGGCUCAGUGCAACCAAUUGUUUAAGAUGAACACAAGCCAAAAUGUUCCUUUGUGAAUCAGAAAACGUCUUUUUGGAUAAUUUGCAUAGAUUUAGUUUGCACACAAUCUUUCAUGAAUCUGGCUUUUGCUUUGUAUUGGAAUAUAAACAAUUAUAAUCCCCAGACAGAUUGAAUUUCAAAUAAAGGCCUCCUUCUAAUACAAACCUGCUUCAUAUACAAGCCUGGUCUCUUCUGCAUAAAGCAAAGACAAGGCCCAGACAAUAUUUGGGGAUAUACGCUGUCAGGAAAUUAAAUCAACAUUGAAAGGAAACUUCUGAAAUUAACAAUAAAAAAAAAAUUAACAGAAAAACCCUCCACACACGAACAUUACAUUUACUACCUCACACGUAUGUAUUUAUCUAGAGCACAUCACGAAGAAACUGUCUUUAGUAUAAAAUUAAUUGGAAAUUCUGCCUAAGUUAUUCACUGAAAUAUAGAAUAUGCCUCAUGAAUGGUUUCUGACACUCUGAGUUAAAUAGUUACAAGCUUAAGUGACAGAUAUGCAGUAGUAUUUUUAAAAACAAUAUUUAGGGUCCCAACAGAAGUGUGUGUGAGUUUAUUCGAGUAAGUGUGCGUGUGUGAAUCUCAAACAAAGACUUUAGAGUCGGUGUGUGUUGAUUGGCACACAAUGCAGAUGUGUGGGCAGCAGAUGCCAUCUGGGGAAAGAGGAGUGGGCUGGUAGAGGAGAGGAAUUGAAAGGUUUGGAAGAUGGAGGGGGGGUCCACUCUCCCCCAAGACAAAAAAAGAAACGCUGGUUUGACAGCUGGAUAAAGGAAAAUUUAGGAGUGUAAUCAAUCAAAAAAUAGUGUGACACAAAUAAAGAAAGACAAGACAAAAACUGCCCACACCACCACUGUCAUUGUCUGGCAUCUUCGGUCCACCAAACUUUUUUGCCACUGGUGGAAAAGAUCAAAAGAGUCCCUCCAGGUCCCCUCUGGGUCUUUUAGGGUUGCUAGGCUUGUUGCUGGGGGCACAACAGGAGAAAGUGUGCUUCAGUGGGGGGUGUAGUUCCUGCUCAUCAACGUUUGGGGUAAAUUGGCCAAUUUUGGAGGGGCACCAGGUGCCUUGUCUGCAUCAUUAAACUGACCGUGAUUUUACAACAGAAGACACCAUAACCUCACAGAAGCAUUGUAUCCUGUCUCACCAGAGGCCUGAAUCUGCAUCGUUGUUCUGAUUUCUUGGAAACUCUUCGUCUGCCUUCUGCGAGCAUUUCGACAUAAAAAUACAAACUACCUCUUUUCUUUGAGUGACAUCUGUGAGGGGAAAAAAAACAAAGCCACACUAUGCCUGCGGAAGCACAUCAGACAAAGGCAGGUCUAUUUGCAGUGAGAUCAGCCCUAUAAGGGAAAUCAUAGAUGUUUCCAUGUAUGGACAGAAAUGAAUAUAUAUGUGUAUGUAUAUAUGUAUAUACUGCAGCCAAGCUUUGCAAAUGUAAGGUUUGUGUGCCAGCGACAAAGGCAUGGGAACCAGAGCUUUCAGGAUCCGUAAAAAGCAGAGAGGCGAUAGACUGUGUUUCUACACAAAGACACAUUCAUAGAUGUAUGAGAGUGAAAAAAAAAAAAUGAAACACCUGCUGACUGUAUGCAUCCUGCAGUAUCCUCUACCAUAAGCAUCCUAGUUUUGAGGAUGAUUGAAUUUAAAGGAGUGGAGUUUCUUGUAUAGGAACUACAUUCUAUAGAGGUUGGCAAAAGAUGUUUGAUAAAAGACAUUUCAAUAGUUUGCGAUUCAACAUUAAUAUGUGUUUGAUUGAAAAAAGUAAAAAGACAAGAUGUGGAAAAUUUGAUCUCUCAAAUAAAAUAUAAGUUUGAUCUAAAUUUGAUGUAAGCAGCAGGUUCAAAACAGUUGGGUCAUGUUUAUCUUAGUGUUGUAUCAGCUCUUCUGUAAAUGUAAGAGAACCGGUGAGACUUGUUUAUGGAGUUUGGGAAGAGAAGUGCUGUCCUGUUCUUGGCUUAUAGGAUUUCAGCCGUUCCACUGGUCAGGAUCUCAUUUUUUUUAGUGGGUCAAGUCAGGACUUCAGUCAGUCCAGUUUCUCAGCUGGACUCUUCUGCUACAGAGCCAUGCUGUUGUAAUCCUUGUUGUCAGAAUGUGGUUUGUCAUUGUCUUGCUGAAAUAUAAAGGUCUUCCCUGAAAAAGUCUUUUACUGGAUGUCAGCAGAUGUUCCUCCUAAACCUGUAGAUAUCGUUCAGCAUUAAUGGAGUCUUCACAGAUGUGGAAGAUACCCAUGACAUGCACAUCCCUGUACUAUAUCAGCUUUGGCUUUGGCUUUGAAAAUGUGUUCCACUAACAGGAUAGGCGGUUCCCCUUCCUCUUUAAAGCAUCCAUGGCUUCUAAUAAGAAUGUCAAAUUCUGAUUCAUCAGACCACUGGGCAGUUUUCUGCUUCUCCUCAGUAUAUAGGCCCAGAGAAGUUUCUAGGUAUGAAUGAUCAUGUGUACGUCUUGUUUCUUCUAUGCAGGGUUAAGUUUUUACCUGCAGUUCUGGAUGCAGAAAUGGUUUUUGGAAGUGACUCAAGAAUCAUAUUGGUUUUUAAUGUAAUGCUGCCUGGGGUCCUGAAGAUCAGGGUUUUCCAGAUUUCUCGACACUCUUUUUAUCUUUUAAUAAUCUUAUGUACUUUAGAUUAUGAAAUCCAGACACAUUAUUCUGAAACUGUUGAACUAUUUGCUCACACAGUCUCUCACAGAGUGGUGAUUCCUUUUCAAAGCCUCAAAAGUGUUCCUGGCAUCAAGCUUAAAAUGAGUAUGUAUUUUCUUAAACUAAAAACAUUUUCAACAUUCUACAGUUUCAACAUUUGAUUAGUUGUCUUUGCCCUGAUUUAAACUUACUACACACUUUAAAUGAUUUGAAAACAGUCACUAUUUGUUUUUAUCAACAUUUUAAGAAACGUCUCAACCCUUGUGGGUAAAAAACGAUUCAGCUGCAUUUUUUGAUUUGCAGGAUGGAAUUUUGUCUCGACUUCCUAGCCUUAGGAAUGAUAAGCAAUGGUUUGGUUGAUAAAGAUCCAAUGACUUCUCCAAGGUUGGAUGUUUUCUCGCUGAAUCACUGACAGUUAAAGCUGUUAAAGGCCAAAUUCCACUCUGAAAGAGACACAAUAUUAUAAAGGUGCAGAGUUAUCUGCAGUCAGUGGGAGCAGCGUGUGCUGAUGCAGAACGCCCUAACCUGCCCACACAGUGACAAUCUCCUCUGCAGAUCAUUGAAAGGCUCAUCUCCUGGGAGCAAUAGAGGACCUGUGUGGGAGGACAUAAAGGAGUGAGAGCACCCUGGGCAAAUCCCCAAACCUGGACACAGCUGGCUUUUCACAAACAUGAACAAUGAGGCCUUUGUUUGAGGGAAAACUGCAGGAGUAACAUCAAUUCCUGCACAUCAGUCACCUUUGCAGCUCCACAUCACAACAGGCCUGCUGUGCAGCCAGUGCUGAUGGAUGAAUCUCUGUGCACAUUUCAUCAUAAGUGCCCUCAAAGCUUCUGUAAUAUAAGAAUAACAGCAAGUGACAAUAAUCCAAUACAAGCUGGCUACCGAUCACAAAACGAGCAUUGUCAAUUUCACAAAGUGCAAUAUCAUGUAGUGUCAAGGAGGUCAUGCUCAUGGUUGUUCUUUAAUCCAAUUCUGCAGUCAGAACAGGCGUCAAUAUCUCCGCUAGGUGGCGACCUUAGUCCGAUGCGGCUCACCUUGGACAGCGCUGCGCUUGACUGGAGCCUGACUACAUGCAGGAUCAGCACAGUGAGACUACAGAGGAACACAUAGGACAAAAACAGACGCAUUGUAUUUUACACAGAAAUUGAAAGAGACAAAAAGGGUCAAUUAGUGUUUAUUUUCUUCAAGUUAAGGGGGUGGGGGAUGAAGCAGAGAUAGUUUCAACACGAAACUGUACUCAAAGCAGCGCGCGUUCCAUCCAUCUGUUUUUUUUACCACUAAAGACCGAAAGUUUCCCUCUUUUUGUAGUUUAUUCAUGUACAAGUCAGUGUCUCACAGGGUCGUGGUCAGAUUCACUAAGUCUGUGUGAGUGCAGGGCAAAAAUCCUGGAGGAGUCCCACUCUACAAAAGCAACAUCCCCUCUCUUGCUGCUGGUAAAUGAGAAAGUGGGGUGUUUGGGGGGUGGGGGGUGAGUUAAUGAUUAUUUGCCCCCUUUUCUCGUGCUCUACGUUUCCUAUAUGGUCAGACUGGGUCCGCGUCAGAGCGCACAGACUAGACCCGCCUCCUGGCUGUGGUGCGCUCGUUGCGUCUCUCUCCCCUGUCCGCUUCAAAUCCAUAUUCCACUGGGAAAGAGAGAGAGAGGGAGAGAGAGAGAGAGGGAGGGAGAAAGUGUGUGCGUGAGAGAGAGAACAGGACCUGGGAGAAGAGCAACGAAAGAAAAAGAGGAGAGAAAAACUGAACAACGACACAAAUGGCACUCAUGGCAGGGAUUUUGUUCACAGCCAGCUUUCUUGUUAUCGGGAUUUCUUCGUUUGUUUCGUCGGCACGGACAUACCCCCCAAAUGAAGGUAAGGUUGUUUGAAGAAAAAUAACUGUAACGGACUUCUGGCUCCAUCUCCGCUCCGUGUCUGCGCGUUUGCGCUGUGGAGCCUUACUUUGUGGCCCCCUUGUCGGAGCCACAACGAGUUACACGGUGGAAAACACCGACGGUCACCUUUACGCGGCGACUUUUGUGGGGUUUCUCGCGUACGAAACUGGAAUGUAAAGUAGCUGUCCAAAUGCGCACCGGCUGUUUACUCUCCACUCGGGGCUUGGAUCGUGUCACCCCCCGAAAUCCUGGGAAAGACUAGCUCCGUGCGGUCCUGAUACGUGCGGGUAUCUGUGUUAAAGAGAAAAGGUCAAGCGAAUCCGUGCGCUGAAAGCAGUUCAGUGCUGCAACGCUUCACGGACGUGUCUUGUAGAGCAGACAUGUAGCACCAAACGAGUCCGUUGGAGACUCGCAAGUCCGGCACACAUCUGAAUGACCCAGUGGCAUUAUUUAUCAUAAUCAGAUAUGUGCACUAUGGUGCUGUCACGAACAAAUUUGUUCUAAGAUUAUCGAGGGAAAAUUAAAACGUACGAAGUCUAUCUGCUGUCCAGCAUUUUCACACAAGAUAUAGAACAUUGUUUUUCUACAGUUAUAGAGGGUGUUUGGUUAUCCUCUACCAUGCAUAUGCUUGGUAUAGUGACUGAGCUGCACUCUGUUUAAAUCCAGCACGUCGCGUCCUGCUCAAAACCAACCAGCGCGGAGGGUUUGGGGUCCAGGGUUGUUUGCUUGGGAUUCCGGGGUGCUUUGUGUCCAGUUUCAACAUUUUGCUGCAAACACUGUUUUUCGCUUUCACAUUAGGACAGACACUGUUGAAAAAUUCCCAGUUUUGCUUAAACGAUGCCAAUAGAAGAAGCGUUGGUGUCUUCGGCACUUUUCUGAUUCUGCCUCGCUCCGCAGAGUAAAGCAGUCUGACAAAACAAGUGUGCAAAACAGUGCCACGGGCUCAGGAAAUUUAAAAAUGAGGUGAAUGUUUCACAUUUCCAAGGAAAUCCAUCCACAUUUGACCUGAUCAGUAAUACCCUUAACCUGUAGAGCGGGGUGGUUUUUAAUAACUUAUAUGAAACAGUUACAUUUAAGUUAAAAAAUAACCGAAACACUUAAGCUUCAUGCGGCCCUAAAGAAACAUAUCAAAAUAAAAGCUUUACGGGAGAAAAUGUUUGGAUUCAUAGCGUGAAAUUACACCACUAUGCGUGUCAGACACUUUUUUUUCUCGUUUAAGUUUACGCACGCGCUUUUUAAUUGUUUUUGAUCGCACCAAACAAAAUCGGAGCUGAGGCCCGAAAAAAGACAUAUACACUCUUUUAAAAGAUACAGCGAAAAUGAAUUUAGGAACAAUCUUAUUUUACUGAAAAUCAACAACCAGACAAUAAGGACUUCUGCGCAAUCAAACAUCGACACAUUUAUGAUCAGGGCUUUUCCGGCCUACGGCCACUCUUCUGAUUACCGAAACACACCAUGAGGAUAUUUUUCCUCUUUACGGGUCUUUUUGUUUCCGAGCAGCCCUCUUUCAAUUCAAAACUUAAUGACAAAAAAAUCGUUUCCCCUUCUCUUCGUUGGACUUCGUGGAUUAUACUUUACAUGCCAGCGCUGAUGUUGUGUGGACACGCCGAGACUGCACGCUCACUUCUUCUCCCUCUUUUGAUUUCCAGUCACGUUAUUGGACUCCAGAUCUGUACAGGGAGAGCUGGGAUGGGUCGCCAACCCGACAGAAGGAGGGGUAAGUCCUGCAAAGAAGUGUCCCCUUGUUAGGACGCAUGGUCUCCUAUUGAGAAAAAAUGGAGAGAUAAUAUCCAUUAUUGGCAGGAGCUCUGGAGUGGAUACACAGCCCUCUUUGAUAAGAUCCUGUCCUGGUGAGACCUUCAUGGGAGUAUCUUUGUUGAUGAUUUAUUGUGCAGCUGUCUGCUCUGUGGUGGUUUUAGGCUCAGGUCGAGUUCAAUGCUGGAUUUUCCUUUUUCCUUCGCACCUUUAAUAUGGGGGAAACCUAAAUUUGCAAUUACACUGUGUAUGGCACUCCUUUCAAACACCCUUAAGGCCUCAAUGGGGUCCCCAGAAUCCACUUUAAGAACCAUCGGUCUAUAGCCCCCCUGCCCACCAGCAGCCCCUGCUCCCCUUUCCCCUCGCUCCUCUUCUCUCUAACCACUCUGUAAUGGUCAGAUGCAGGGGCCGAUACUGCAGCGGGCGUCAGGUUUCCUGAAUAGACGGUGGAUUGAAUUGGUCUUUGUGGAGAAACUUUAUAUCCCUUUCCACCAUUGAGUGGAGGAGAGAGAGAGAGAGAGAGGAACUUGGCAGCUGAGAGAGGGUCUUCUGGAAUGGAUGAAUAAGGGGGAAAGUGCAGAGGGGUUCAGCUCUUGCCGCAGGACGACUGGAUCUCGCUAUAAAGCAAGAGGAAAAUAGGGUGGCGUAAUGCAUGAUCCCUCAGUCUAAUUGGGAUAUUUAGGGGGGUUCUGAUAAAGAGGCAACAUGUGAUGCAGUCUGCUGUGAGCAUGAAAGGGUUUGGACAAGAAAAGGCAAAUGUGUUUCCUUGACUGUCUUAAAAAUGAUAAUCUAAAAAUACCCAGAAUGCCACGUUUUUCCUCUGCUAGGGAUGACCUAAAUUAAUAAUUGCUCACAAUAAAUAAAUGUUUUGUCAGCCAGCAGCCACUCCUCCAUUUGUUCCAAUCAGAGAAAUACGACAAUGAGCACAAGCGAGCCUUUAAUGUCGUAUGAAAAUUAAUACAAAUUAGCAACACUGAUGCCAACUAAUGAAUACCAACCCAGGGGGAACAUGAUCUCACCUCUUGCAGCUGUUGCAGCCUCUGCUCGCGAUCUUUUCUCAAUGAACUUGGCUGGCGCUGUGCUCAGGUCCUCCCCUUGACCAAUUUAUCACAAACAAGUGAUUGACAGGGUCCUGGCAGCCCCAGCAAGCCAGCAUUCACCCUCUCAUUACGACCAAUUGGCCUUUUUCUGCCUCUUCCCGGUUAUCGGGGAAAGGUGCGGCCUUAUCUCAGCCCUGCUCGAUUUCCACAACAAAAGGGGGUAAAAGGAGUAAAAGAGAGUGGAAUGGAGCGGCAGGAAAUGAUGGACGUUUUCUCAAAUCAUACAGCAGCAGCUGUGUUUAGCAUUAUCCCUCCCUCCUCGGGGGAUAUAAGGCUCCGAGUCAGAUUGUUUAUGAUAAGGCGUCAAGUCAAAUCUGGCAGUAUGUCGCGUAUCUCCCACUGUCCUGUUAUGACUUUUUUCUCCCUGUAAAUGGCUGAAGCUGCAGCAGCCGGGGGCCUGUCUGCUCUUGUUUACAGUGAAGGACUCCAUUUAAAACACACAGUGCAAAACUUAGAGGAACACGCCACUCGGAGCCUCUAAAGACAUGCUCGUAUUUGCUCAACGGGGCUCAGUCGAGAGGGGAACUCUAUCAUAAGUAAAACAAACAUUCCUUCCUGGAAAAAAUAAGCCAGGCCGCGCUGCAGAACCUGAUCCAUGUACCUCACGUCAGCGUCUCCCUUUCACUCAUGAGUUCAUAUUAACAACAGCAGUGAACAUGUGUGCUGACUUCUCCCAUUCCUCAUCAUGUAUGCACAUGUUAAGUAGGCACACAUACAGUCAUUAGCAUUGAUUGAGAGACCUUUAGUUUAGCAGGAAUUCAUGGCUUCUUUUCUCAUCUCUCAAUCCCUGAGCCGUGAAAUACACUGACAGUUGCAUGUGCAGGAAGAUGAUUUCGUAAAGCUACCUGACAAGUAAUUGAACUGUAGGUAUUACUGAGGCAGAGAACUAAUUACAAAUUUCCUUUCUCACAGUUGAGGAAAAGCUAUGAAUAUUAAUAUCUUCAUGAUUCUAUAUCAGGGCCUAACAAGUCUAUUAGGUGCCAUUCAUAAAAUAUGCAUUAAGUUUAGCCAUCAAUUAAUUGCCCUGCUGAGACUCAAAUAUUGACUUUUCUUUCUGGCUAUUUUUUUUUUUUGCACAGUAUCUCUGCUUCUUGGCUUUGACUCGCUCCCAGUCACGUACAAUCACUUGUGUAGUCUAUUUUCAAUUAAAAGAGCCUUACAGUCAGUCAAAGUGGAUUCAUAUUUGCAUGCAUUGAGUUAUAUUUGGCAGUACAACUCUAUAUUGAGAGCACCAUGCACUUUCAUGGUCAUACAUGGGAUUCCUCAUCUGUUUCAAGUGUGAAAAGCUGAGGUAGGAGGAGCAGCAGCAAAGACCACCAGGGUCUCAAGCACCAGUGACAGUACAAAGUAAGGUAUUUUAUUGCAAAAAGAAGGAGAAGAACAUCUUUGUAACAUUUUCAUGUCUUGUGUUUUCCCAGUGGGAGGAAGUGAGCAUUAUGGACGAAAAGAACAUCCCUAUCCGGACAUACCAGGUGUGCAAUGUCAUGGAGCCAAACCAGAACAACUGGCUCCGCACUGACUGGAUCCCCCGUGGUGGGGCCCAGCGUGUCUACAUUGAGAUCAAGUUCACCCUCCGAGACUGCAACAGCCUCCCUGGAGUCAUGGGAACCUGCAAGGAAACCUUUAAUCUAUACUACUACGAGUCCAACAACGACAAGGAGCGUUACAUCCGUGAGAAUCAGUUCAGCAAGAUUGACACCAUCGCUGCCGAUGAGAGCUUCACUCAGGUGGACAUCGGUGAUCGCAUCAUGAAGCUAAACACAGAAGUCCGGGAUGUUGGUGCCCUGAGCAGGAAGGGCUUCUAUUUGGCCUUCCAGGAUGUUGGAGCAUGCAUUGCACUGGUGUCUGUCAGGGUCUUCUACAAGAAGUGCCCUUUAGCGGUGCGUAACUUGGCCCAGUUUCCCGAUACCAUCACUGGAGCUGAUACCUCCUCACUUGUGGAAGUUCGUGGCUCAUGUGUGGAUAAUUCAGAGGAGAAAGAGGUUCCAAAAAUGUACUGCGGGGCUGAUGGGGAGUGGCUGGUGCCUAUUGGGAAUUGCUUGUGUAACCCUGGAUUUGAGGAGCGAAAUUCAGAAUGCCAAGGUAAAGAACUGACAUUUGUCUUUUGUUCUCUUUUUAUUAAUGGUCAACUCUCCCCUGAACUCCCCAGAUUCCUGCUGAAUCUUACCGUAAAAUGUUCCCCCCAUUACUUUGCUCUGUAUCUCUAUCUUCGGCCCACAUGUUUCAGUCCUUUUGUCCUCCCCUUUCCUUCCUCCCUCAAUUCAACUACCUCGCACCCUGUUGGAUGUGUCUUUUAUCCUUUUUCCACUCUCCCCAGUAUUUUCUCCAGUGAAUGGCUGGGUGAUAGCAGCAAUGAUGAUUGUAAAUGGAGUAAUUAGCUGGCCCACUGGGAGGUGUGUGCAAUGGGAUGCAUCCCAGGAGACUUGGUGACACCGGGAGAGUAGGGCUCCUACUGGUUCGCACUACCACUGUGUCUUUCACUCGCAUGUUUUUUUUCUUGUUCCCAACGGAGCCUAGAAGAAGAGAGAGAUGGUUUUAGAGGGGGGAAGUGGAGAGAAAAAGGAGUUUAUCAUUCCUAGCAGGUCUGAGAAGAGAGAAAAUACACAGCUGUGAGAUGGGGUUGAAAUGGUGCUAUUUGGCAAGGGGAAUAGCCCUUCGUAGGCGAUUACUCUAGUCUCAGCUCACUGUGAUCCUAUAGCAGGCUGUUUGAUGAGGUUUUAAGGUCAGCGCGGAGUGCCUCCUUCCAGGUUUUUUAAAUUACGAGCAUCACAGGGCCUCGGGCCUGCAGGCAGGUGAAUUUACAAAAUUGCCUUGAAAUGCCUGUUCUGGAAAACAUCAGUAAUUCUUUAUGAAUUUCUCCUUCAGGGUGCUCCAAGACUGUCCCAAAUGUACUUAAUUUUCCUUGCAUGUAGUUGAUUGUAGCUUACCACAUGCAGAAGUAAAUUGGUAAUAGUAUCUUGAACAAAAAGUACCAGGAACAACAGUCUGCAUUUCCGAUGUGGCAUAAACUCCUUUGAGGUUAAUAAAAAUUAGGCCAAUUACCAAAUACUGGAGAGUUUUUUUGGUUAAUGAAGACACUAGCGCUGCCUGUUAUUCUCUGCUGAACUUUUGUUGGAAAAAAAAAAAGUCAAAGAUUACAACAGCUGCAGUCUGGGCCUCACAAGGUUCCUGUACCUACCCCAAACAAUUCAGUAGAGUAGAUCAAGUACCCUGGAACUCAAUUUACACCCUGGUCCCUGUUAUCAGGCACUGCAGCACUCCUGAAAAGGUUCCUAGUUCCUGCUAAAAAGUAUCUUCCCAUUACUUUCUGCAGAGUUUUGCCAAGCUAAGCAGCAGCUGGUUGCCCUGAUGUCCCAGUGCCAAUUCUGCCACCAUGGUUUUUUGGUCUGCUCCCCCAACCAGCCUUUGCUACCAAACACAAAAAGCAGUGAAAUCCAGCAGUGAGGGGUCAGAGGGUGGGCACGGGUGAUUAACAGGGGGCCGGACCACUACACCUCUUUUAAUUUACGAGGGAGCCUUUAUCUUGGCCGACUAAUUACAUGACAAGCAGGUCUGCUGACUUAGAGGGUACCACUGGCUGCCUGGGGGUGGGGAGGCAAACGGUUGCAAGGGCUCACAGAUGGGGUUUGUGUGUUUUUUUUGUGUGCCAAAGAAAGUAUCAUUUGAGCUUAUCUUGGAAGGAUGCCCAUCUCCCCUGGUGCUGGGUUCAGAUUUCUCAGGCCAGGUUUCUGUCCCAAGGGUCGGCUUCAAAGAUCCAGGAUGGAGAUGGAGGGAAAGAAGCCAGAAAGUGGUUAGUUACACAUUUGAAAUUCCCCUGAAGUGGCUCUCUUAAUAUCAUGCCUUUUACUGUAAUAACCUCUCUUGUUUCAAGUCAGCGAGAGAGCCUGAUCUCAUACUGUCUACUAUAACUUUCACUCAUCUGCAACUCUGAAAAAGGCUUCUUUUCCUCCUGCUUGCUUUUCAGUUUAGCUGGUACCCUCCAAAGUGAGCAACAAAGGAUUUGGAAACGGUGAUUUUAUGUGACUAAUGCAGUCUCACAGCCGCUGCCAGAUUUAGAGCUGGCAGCAUUGAUUUUCAAGCCAAUAUAUCCAUUUAGUUCACAUAUCACUGCAUCUGCUUUAAUUUGUUUAAGUUUGCAGUGCCAAUACAUUUGCUUCAUCUCUCUUUGAUUCAGUCAGACUGUUUGAAAAGUUUCUCAACAUUUCACUUCCAAUUGGAAACUGGAUUAAAAGCUCGAUGCUGCUUUAGUGCGUGAGGCGCCAGAGUGAGUCUGCUUUGGUGACUCAGGGGUUAAAAGGUGCCGGCCGGUGUCAGUCUUUGAGUGCACUGAUGAGCUGGUUAGAUCCCUAAAGUGAUGAGCUCUGCGUGAGAUCAGGUCCCCUUUAAAUGUGACAACCAAGGCUUUGGGUCAUGUUUAAUCCUAAAGUUACCACAGAUAUGUAAAUUUUUCUUUCCUUGAUUUCUUAAAAAGUUAAAACAUGUGCAAAGGAGUGUGUCAGCCCAUACUUAAACAUGCUGGCCUGAAACUUCUCUUUAAAAUAGCUUCCAGUGGUCCACACAAGCCCUAUUGUGUGUGUCUGAGUGUGUGCGUUCCCAAAUUUGUGGGUCUGAGCUUGUCUUGUGUUCGUGCGGGGUUACAAGGGCACCUUGGCCUCUGGUUCCCAGCCCAGGAUGAAUGGGCUCUCCUCCAUCAUUGUUUGGGGCAGCAGUAGAGCCCGCUGAGACUGGAGAUGUUUUGAGGGGUGAGGAGGGGUAUGCAGGAGUUUUGCUCUCCAACCCUGGCAGGGGUCAGAGGUCACCUUCUUCUGCAUCCAUCUUACUGCUGCGUCCGACAGGCUUGUGGAUAUAGGAUUGAUUAAGUCGUCAAGGUUUUGACAGCUGGGGCUGGGGUUUGUGUGUGUGUGUGUGUGUGUCUGUGCUUACGUUGGGCCAAGGGUGGUUAGGGUGAACACCCAGGGCCAAGGCGAGAAGGGCAACCAGGGCACGGAGGGCCAGGGGGCCCCCUGAUCUAAGAGGAGAGGACUGUGUCUGUUUGCAUUUGAGAUCCUUUUCCCCAUCAACCACCACCUCCCCCCACACAGACUCUGCUGGGGUAGAGUGGGGUUAACACCAACCCCUCGCUCCUCAUCUGGUGAGGGGUCCCUACUGUUGGAGGGGAGGAAGGGUGAGAUUAGGGAGAGUCAUGUAUGUCAUGAUGGGGAAAUGAUAAUUACCUUGACUGCUUUUUCUGUUUAGCAGGCAGACAGAGACUCAAGAGUGACUGCAGAGUAAGAAGGAUGCUGCAGCAAACUCAGCAAGUUGGAUUUGUUGUGUUUGCCGGCGUUUUCAUGAAUAGAGGAAACAGUUAAGUAAAAGGUGUGAAGGUGAGAGACACUCUUGACACUGCUGACUGUAAGGUCAUUGUUCAGCUGUUUGCUGGUAAUCCACAACUUGUCACCCUCACCAAUCAACAAACACUCCUUAAAGCCUCUGUGAGGAGUUUGAUCAGGUUAUUAAACGGACUGAAAGGAUCCUGGUGCAGUUACAUGAUCUGUUUGGGAAAGCUUGGUUAUUCCUUUGGAGUCAUGUUAGAGAUGCAUUCAGGUUUGGCGUCUUUAUCGCACAUCAAUAUUACUGCAGACAUAUGUGCAGGACGGAAUCAACAAUUUUUAAAAAGUUCAGUAUUGCAUGCAGGGGGCGCCACAAUCAACACAAAUGACUUGAUAUUUGCAAAAUUAUUUGAUACCUUUAUGUAUUUUUCACACAAAGCCCUUUUCAAAAAGGAAUAAACUAUCUGAGGACCUCUAACAGCACAACUGUGUUCAAACCCCCCGCCCACUGAUUUGCUUAGGAAUGAUGGAGGUGCAAACUUAGCUGGAUUAUUUAUUAUCCAUGGUGUUGAAAACACAUUCCCAGAAACAGCAUACUGAAAUCCAUCCAAAGAUGUGCAAUUUUCUCCAUUUCAGAAUUUGCUCCUCUGGUGUCUAAAACUUCCUCAUGCACAUUUGAUCCUCUCCCCUCUAUUCCUUGUUUUAUCUCAAGCACACCACCACACAUUUCUCUAUUUUUAUAUAAAUGCUGCAAAAUAUGGACAAAGGUCAUUGUCACCACUUUGGCUCAACACUCGUUUGCAUGCACGUGUGUGUGUUCCUAUGGCUUAGUGCCUGAUUGUGAUGUCAGUGUGUGAUCAGAGCAUUUUCCCACCUGAGACCCCCUCACCCCUCUCUAUUCCCUGCAGUCUGCCGAGCUGGAAACUCUCAUUCAUGUUGGAUUAAGAGGUUUAGGGAUGAAGUUUUCUCUCUCAUGCAUCUCACACAGUCUAUGUGUGUGUAUGUGCGUGUGUGUGUGCAGGUCUUUUAUUCUCUCUUUCCCUCUGUUGACAGUGCUAAAUAUGCGCCUGGGAACAUCAUUCUAAAUUCACCACGUAAUUCUAUUUAGCCCGUGGGUCCCCGGUGGCUUUAAAUACACAGACUGAGUCUCUUGCUGUGCGUCCCCCUCCCUCCUUCUCCUUCCGCUCUUCUGCAUACACCCGAAUUAAGUAUUUGCAUCUUCUUCUUGGCCGGCUUGGGUGCUUGUUUUUCUCCAUCCAUGCCUCCUGUACUGUCUUUCCUAAUUUUCUGUUGCUUCAUUUUCUCCUCACAAGCUUUCUCCUCUUUUCAUACAUUCCUCCUUUCUUUCUUCGGCUGAGUUUCUGCUUGAGGUUUUCUCCAGUUCACACUCUGUCUUUUCUGUCCUCGUCUCUUUUUUCUCUCCCACUGGCCGUCUUGCUGGUUAGUGUUUGUCAGCCUGUCUCUGGUGGCAGCAGCAGGAAGUGGGCUGAAUAAUGAGAUUACCUUCACUGUGGGGAGUGAGGCAGCUCGCAGCGGCACAUAGAACAUCACCACCCGUCAUUGUUCGCACAAACACGCAUGCACAAGAGUUUGAGCGUGCACGCAAACCUGCGUGUUAAGAAUCUGGACACAUGCAGGGUGUCCUUGGAGACAGGGACCAGUAUGUGCAUGCGCACAUUCACAUGUAGAGACUAUUUGCACACACACAGAUGUGCAAAGAACAGACAUGUUAAGUAAUAGACUCGUGCACGCAGACACAGUCAUAAAUAUGUAUCACACACACUCGGGGCUGAGCACAGCGCAGCAGAAUGGAGGUGAAUGUACUCAUCACUCUCUCCGCCACCAGAGAGGCUCAUUUUGUGCUGCUGAAAAGAGAAGAGGAAUCUAUUACCAACAGAGAGCAGGAAAGAACAACAGAUACAGAAAGGGAGGACAAAAUGUCUCACAGCAAUCUCACACCCCCUCCUCUUUCUGCUGAAAUAAUUGCUUAGAGCCUUUUUUUUUUACAUUCUGCUCCUGUUUAGCUCCACAAAUGAAGAAAAAAAGUUCCCUCAGCACACACAAAUCCUCCCUGACUGGAUGGAGGCGGAGGAGGAGGAGGGUGAAGGAGAGGGGGGGUUGGUGGUAAUUCAGCCGUCAUUAGCGGAGGUGCUGAAAUGUUUUUCCUGCUCGGGCUGCCGUCCUGCCUCACUGUUUGUUCCCUUUGCAGUUCUCGACACUCAUCACCCCCUCGCUCUCUCUUUCUCCAUCGCCUCGCCGUGCCCUGUUCAGGCAGGAGGCUGCUGGUGAUCGAGCGUGACCCGGGGCUGAUGGUCGUACUGCUCCCACAGCACCUGCCACACCAUCAUCCAUCCGAAACUCAUUCAUCCCCUGUUGAAGUACUAAUGUUUUCCUGUGAAAAUGUAGUUCCUUUUUGUUAUUUUCCAAAGUCUUUUUUUUUUUUUGAGGAACUGCACCACGCUUUCCCGGUUUCCACCAAUGACGUGUGUGUCUGUGCUUUAGACAGGCAGAAAUUGCCAUGGCUGCAGAUCAUUUCUGUGGUUUGAAACUAAAAAAGUGAAGCAACAAGUGUCAAACUCUUGAACAGCACAGAUCAACACCACAGAGGUGCCAAACGCACAGAUUUUCCUGGAAUUUUGGAUUUUCUGACCCGUAGAUUGAGCGUUUGUUGGGUUUUCUGUGAUGGCAACAACUUUGCUCUGUGUUCACACUCUAUGUGUGAUGUGAUGCCCAGAUACAGACUCUGCAUACACAAACAUCAGUUCUUUGUGUUCAAGUGAGGGGCUGCAGUGUUUUUAGAGGAAGGGUCAUUAUUGGUUAAUCCUGGAAAAUGAUGGUGACAUUGUACACAAUGUACAUGUUGCACAUAUGAUGGUGUAUCAUAAGUAGGCUGCUAAAAUAAUGUCAUGUUUAUUUACAGUAUAUAUUUUAAUACUAACAUUUCUCAUCAACAUUUAAUACUAACAUUCUCGUGUGUAGUCAUCUUGAGAUUAUCUAAGAGGCAACAGGUUUUAACCACAGUAGAGGGAGCUUGAUCUCAGUAUUUCUAAUAUUACCAACUGUUGUUUUCUUGACACUGACUUGACACUGUCUCCUGUUCAAGAUCAGGAUUGAUUUAAACUUUCUUGUGUUUGGUUUUAAAGCUUUACAUCACCUCCCCCCACAGUUCAUCUCUGAACCUCUCUCGUCCCUGUCCUCUCCUAGAGCUCUCUGAUCAUCUGACCAGCUUCUGCUGUCUGUUCCUCUGAUGAGGCUUAAAGGGAAAGGGUGACCCAGCCUAUGUAGUUGCAUUAAAGCUCUUUUUAGUUAGGUCCUCUUCCUCUACAAACAUUUACAAGUUUUGUCUGGGCACCAAAGACAAGCAAAAAAAAAUCAUUACCGUUAUACUUUGUCACAUCUAGUUUAUCUCUUGUUUUAUGCUUUAGCACUUUGGUCGACGCUGGUUGUUUUUAAUGUCUUUGUAAUAAAUUUGAUUAGAUUUGAUUCCUCAGGCUCUAGUUUGUUUUCAUCAGCUUGAUUACCUGGUCUGCAGUCUGCUCUGUGGAAAAGAGAAGUCUGAAAGUCAUCCAGGAAUCACAUCAGCUGUAGAUGUAGUCCAUGCACUUAUCCAUGUCGGCUUUUUAAAGGGAGAUAAGAGCUUGACUGCCCCCUCCAUCAGUGACCACUAGCCGGUAUACUGUAUACUGCUGCAUGUUAGUUUUUAGUUGAUAAUAUUGAACGCAGUUCUACUGCACAUGUUGCAAGUAGCUGAAACAUUUCCACAGUGACAUUGUGGCUUUGAGACACUGUGUGACGACCACAUCUAUGCAAGACUGACUUUAAGAAAACCCGCUCCACUUUCAUCUCAGUGAUUCUGCAUUUUUAAGAAGAUCAUGGAGCUGUUGGAGAAGUACUCAGCUGGUAUAUAAACACUUGUGUCUUGAGUUUUCAAUGAAACUUUAUAGUUAGCAGAUGAUGGAUAUGUGCAGAGUGCAGCAUAGAUAGCCGUAAACUAUAAGAUAAUAGAUUGUCUACAUGGGCCGUUAUGAUAUGCUGUUGUAGGAGUAACACGGUUGUCAGCUGGCAUCAGGCGCAUAGAGCCACACAAGUGUCAAAAGGGCUUUUAAAGGAUGAUAAAAUUUCUUUUUCUCUCUCUUCUGCUCUCCUCUCUCAUCUUUUUGAAAAGCAUCCUCUCUUUGAAGCCCGCGAUGGGAAGAGGGAGCGAUUAAAGCAGUCAGCAAGCAAAUUAGCAUGUCAAAAGGCCCCGAAUCAAUACCCCAGCUCUCCACCAACACAACCCUGCAGUCCUUUCACCCUCACCCUCUCCCUCUCUGUCACUCUCUAACCCUGCCGUUCCCCCAUUCCUCCAGCUGUAUCCCGUCUCCCUCCAUUUUCUCUCCCUCUUGUCUCUCUUUUCCUCCCUUAAAAAUUUCCUCCCUCCUCCCCUUUAAGUGACUGACAGAGAGAAGGAGCGGUAAAGAGACGAAUUGAUGAAUGUAUGGGCAGAGAAAGACGGAGAGAGGGAGAAGUGGACAGAGAUCAAGUGGGCAUGUGUGGACUGGAGGUUAUGAAAGAGAAAGAGGGCCUCUGCCAUGGUCUUUGUGCUGAGAGAGAGGGAGGACAGACAUCCCUCGCCAAGGAGAGCGGAGGAGAUGAGGAUGAGAAGGCAGCGAGAGAGGUAGAGAGAGGGAGAGGGAGAAAGAAAGAGACCAAAAAAAAAACCAAAAAAAAAAACAGGGAAGGGGGGAAGUGAAGUGGAAAGAUUUAGUUCCAGUCUGGCAACUGUGCUUUUUCUGCACUUCAUCCGUGGGUUCACCAUUUCAAGGAAAUCCCUGUGAUCUGGGGUAAAAUGAUGCUGAUGGCAGAGAUGUCUUUGUGUGUUUCUGUGUGUGUGUGUGUGUGUGUGUGUGUGUGUGUGUGUGUGUGUGUGAGCGUCGCGGACUGAUGUGUGUGUCUGCACCAUUAUCUAUAUUUAUUCUGUGCAUCUGUUGCAGCAGUCAUAUCACAGGCUGUAUCAUAAACUUCUAUUAAUGUUCCAAUCUUGUUGCACGAUCUGCGCCUGCAGACAAAGCUGCCCGCAGUAGCUCUGCAGACAGAUGUUCCUCCAACUCUCCCUCAGCUGCUGACAAAAGGCGGCUGAUUGCAAACACCUUGAAAUGUGUCAUCUCUCCCUCUCUCUUUCUCUUACUGAUUUCUAUCUUAAGCCCCCUUCAUCCUGCCCUGGCGAUAGCGGUCUGGUGGUCUUUUCUUCUCAUUUCGCUGUCCUUUCUCUCAAGGGGCGCAGAGUUCAGCGGCCAAAUCAAAGGCUCCUCCGUGGCAAUCAGUUAGAGGUUAUGACAAAAAGCCUGGCAAUAUAGGGCUACUCCGUAAUCUGAUGUGCCCUGAGAGUGGACACUGUGUCCAUUAUAAUGGGCUGAGAUCCCUUUUUCUAUACCUGCAACACAGAAAAACACUAAAAAACACUCGGACUGUGUGACUUGUAUGUGGAGAGGAGAAAGGUUGUUGCAAGGAUGUCUGCGAUGGAGUAGUAAUGGACUAUGUCGGAUGAGUUUGGAGCACUUCCAAAACUGAAAUGCUCUUAAAACUCUCUGAUGAAUCAUCAGCAGGAAAGAUGAACAGCUGCAUUAGAGAAGAGCUGAUUCACCAAUUACAGCUCCGAGGUACAAGCUUGUGGACUUCAAAACAAUAAAGGAGAGAAGUCAAUGGCAACUUUAUCAAAGCUUUAUAAAAGGUUUCUCUGCAGAAACCGCCUGAUGGCAGAGUCUCAAGACAUGCACAAGAACAUUGUUCAGACAGUUAUACACAGCAGUUGCAUUGGUUUGCUGGUUCAUAGUGGUUUUCUUCCAUGUUUUUGGCAAAUUCGGUUGUUGCAUACAGCCUGAUCUCUCUGCUGCACCCUUUAGAGGUAUCCUCUAGUAAGUUGCACAGUCUAUAGUCAAAUAUAUUUACAAUUACGCCCAUGGUGCAGCUGGACACAUAUGCAAAUGUUAGACUAUCACAAGUACAUUCAAAUAUAGAAGGAUGCUAACUGGCUCUAAGUCACAGUUUCAUGCUUUUCUGUUGUUUUUCAUUAAAUCUGUUUUCGCAGUGUGAGGGUAAUCAAUGUAGAAAACAACAUUUUAUUGACCAUUACAAUGACUCUGAGAAUCUGGAUUUAGCUUCAUCUUUCUGCAUCAUGAUUGUUUAAAUCCCGGACAGUAUACUCAGGCCUCCAUCCAGCUGGUUACAUGUUACACAAACUGAGUGAGGAAGCGUUUAUUCUCGUGCAAAAAUUUCUGUUUUAUUGCAAAAUAUUUCAGCUUUGAGACUUUGUGUUUGUUGUGAAUGUACAUGUAGCAUAAUUGCAGUCUAUUGUGCAGCCCCCAGCGUUGAUGGUCUCUUUCUUUCUGAAAUUAAUUUUACAAAUGCAUACACAAGUUUUAACUUUUGCAACAUGGAAGUUUUCCAAACUUGUUGCUGAAAUAACUGGAUAGUUUUCUGCAAUAGCUAUAGUUUAGGCUUAUGAAUGAUUAAGGUUUACUUUUUGAUCCAGGCUGCCAAACUAAAGACCAGUGCACUAAUCCGUGAGAGCAUUUAGUUAUCGAUGUGUUUCUUUGUUUAGGAGUUUUAGCACAUAACUUAAAUUGUCUAAAUGUUUGAAACUCAUAAAAAACUCCCAAAAAUGUAUAAAGGGAGCAUGUCUGAUUGCAAACAGUAAAACAUUUCAGCCUUACUCUAUUUACACUUCCUCCUGUCAGCCUAAAGUCACAGUAAGGGCUCAGGGUGAAUCAAUGCAGUAGUGAAUAUUCAGGAAAAUUUACUGUAAAGUGUAGAUAGUGAUGCGCAGCUGGUGCAAAAAACAUUUGGGGAUUUCUGAAGGCUCUCAUUUUCACGUUAAAAAACACUUAACUGUCCUUAACCCUUUUUCGGAGUUCAUACUUAGUGUUAAGUGAAUCAAACACUUAAGUUUAGCUGCGAUUCAUGUAUUUUUAUUUCUGGACACAGCAAGGACAGCAGCAUUUAGCCCUCAUGUGAAGCUUGACCAACCGGCUGCUGGCUCUUGCCUAAGAUUCAGAGUGCUAUAGAAUUUUUCAUGCAAAUGUUCAAAAGUCUAAUCUGCAUGUGUCCUUGAAACACUUCACCAUUACCACAAAGAAAUCUCCGACAAGUGAAUAGACUGAGGUUGCUGCUCAGCAACUCUUUCUGCCAUUUUCUAUAAACACACAUGCAGCUACCCCUGGUUAAAGCCCAGAAGAAGGAUCAUGUGACUGACCUCUUGCUGUGAAUACAUGUGUCUGCAUACCAGCGUGCAAACUCCAUGUGUAUCAAACACACCACAGGCUGCCUCGGAGAUGUAACUUCUCUGUGGGAGAGCUGAAAUGUAAUUUAGGGAUGUGGAGGUCUUCCAGAACCAGGGGAUCCUGAACUGCAGAUUUUCAGCCAAAAGCAGAGGUGUGUCCAUGCUGGGGCACGUCUCUGGGAUUAGGGACCUUGAUCCCUCCUGAUCUGCAGCGGGCUGUCAAAUACUACUGCAAGGGGAGGAAGAGAAGAAAAAGAUGCAACCGCUUUAAGCCUCGUAUGAUGGAGAAGUGUACAGCAAAGAGAAGAAGGAGAAAGAAAGAUAGAAAGAAAGAAAGACAGGAAAGAGGUCAGGAAAAAAAGAGGUGGUUGAAGCAAAACAAAGCCCUGCAGACGUCGGAGCAGAGCGUGAAUGUGUGUGACAGAGGAAGAGUGUGUGUCGGGUUCAGCAGACAGAAAGAUGAAUUGACUCCUGUCUAGUGGUCCUGAUAAACGGCUGGAGAUGUGAAAGGUGAAGUGGGGGGGGUUAUGGGUACAGACGGUGAUCGCUCUUUGAACAAGCUUAGUGUGUAUGUGUCGUGACCUCUGGCAGCUCAGGUUGAUAUUACUGUCAAUAUCACUACUGUGGGGAAGCUAGGCCUGUGUAAGAUCACUGAACCGUCUACACAGUGAAGAAAUAGUCUGUAGGUAGACCGUUGAUAGCACCCUGAUGGUCUAAUACUGACGGUCUCCUCCUACAGCAUCCUCUGCAGUCAGUGUGUAAAUGUAAAGUUGUGUUUAAGUGGUUUGAGUGAUCUGGAAGAGUUAGGAAGUCUUGUCUAGUCGAGAUGGUUUAGACCUUUGAAGCAGUUCAUGUGAUCAGGCAUAAACACUGGCAAUUUAAUAUCACAUUCAGAGGGAAAGCUGCAUAUUGUAUAUGAGCUGAAGAAAAAAAGUGGUAUUUUCCAUAAUCUAAAAAGUAAACAUGCUCUGAACUCUCAGCAAUAUCAGCCAGCCUAAUGCCACUAACUGCAGAGUUGUGAUAUUUGCAUUUAGUCAGAGAAAAAGUAGAUGUAGUUGCCCUGACUGAUGCAAGCUUCAACAGUGAGAGGUUAAUGUUAAAAAUACAGUAUGUUUAUAGCGUUUGUACAGAGUUGACAGAAGUUAUAAUUUAGAUAUUUACAAAGUUAAAUAUUUUCUAAAACAUACUGUUAUUGUGAUCAAAAUAUCUAAAUGAACUUCUGUGAGUUUCCUUAUGCUAACCUGGAGUUAGGUCAAACUAGCCUCUAAAGCAUGAAUCUUGUUAUUGCUGAAGCAUGAGAAGCACAGCUAGUACAUACACAUAAAACGAUGUUGGCAUAAUGGGAUGCAAAUAUCCUGCUGAACUGUCUCAAUAUGGCAGUUUGUAAGAGCCAGUUGUACACUCACAGACUAUAUGAUCAUGUGUUUAGCUGUGUUUAAUAAUUUUGACUGUUUUCUGGAUUUUUUCUUUCCUUUGGACUAGUUUGAUAGUCGGUGUUUAAAAUUCCAUUUAGUGAUUUAUCUCCACAGAAAAGCCCAGAAACGAGUUUGCUGAUUUAUAUGUUGUAUGUAGCUUCUAUAUUGUAUAUGUCUUUGGUUAUCUCUGUAGAGCUCUUGUCUGAUUUUGUUAUUUUUGCUUUAAACUAAUGGUGGACUCGAGCUGGAGCUUAAAGGGAGCUGUGAACACUCUCUUGGCAGCUCUGCAAGGCAUUUGGUGUUGCUUGAAUCACAGACCAACCUGCCAAGUUUGGAGCAUCACUCUGCUUGAUGAAAGGAGAGAAAGAUAAGGAGAGAUGACAGUAAAGGCAAGAGGAGAGCAUCAGAGAGAAAGAGAGAGAGAGCUGGAGAGAAAAAAGACAAGAAAUGUAAGAUAUAACCCAGAAACUUGACCCUCUUUCAGCAGUGCCCACUCACUUCAAAACCGCCUGUGAAAGAUUCUCACUGUGCAUGCUUUUUGUUCCCAUCAUCGCAGAGCCUGUGUGUCUGUCCUCACAUCAAAGCUAAAGGCGAAAAUGUUACACAUUAGCAGAGUAACCCUGCCUAAGCAGCAGCCAUUAACCCCGGGCUCCUGUUUCACUCCCCUUUAGCAAACCCCCUGCAAGGCCAGGUUCAACCAGCCUGGAGGUUAGGGAGGGCAGCACAUGCAACCUGAGUUUGUGGACACACAUGCGUACAUGCUACUAGCUGAUGAAUGCACACACUCACACACACACUCAUGCAGAGCCAUACCAUGCAAACAGGAGCUGACACAGUUUCAGCUCAGAGGGUAUCACUUCCAUGAUGGCACUGACCUCGAUGCUGUUUUCAGAAAGAGAGAGAGAGAGAGAAGAGGGAGAGAGUGGUCUGCAGAUUGAGGCCUGAGUGACACCAGCAGAGGUCAAAGGUUAAAGCAGUGACAGCCACAGCGGAGACCAGCAGAGCGUCAUCAGGCUGACAUGAGCUGUUGAAGAGCUAGUGACCCGGGAAAGUUUUUAUGUUCCCUGACUGACCGCACACUCACAAACACACACACAUGCAACUGCAUGAAUUCACACACACUGGUGUGCGAAAUGUUCUCAGGAACACACACCCUCGCGCACAUACACAUGCACAAUGGAAGGUGCUUUGAGGCCCCAGACAGGCUGUCGUCUGGGAGCUACGAGUAGAUUACCUAAACAAACAACCUAAAAAUACCUUCCUUUUCACCCACUGGCCGACCCUCACCAACCCCUCCUCGUAAACUGCAGAGCCACUUCUGAGAAACCGGCAGAGCUGAUUGUUGUUAAACUCACCCCGAGACCACAGACAAGCAGGUCAUUAAAGGUUUUGUGUGCAUGUUUCUGCACACUUAAGUGUUGACACAUGUCUAUACUCUACAAUUAUGACGCGUGUGUGAAGGAUGAUUGAAUCUGCUUAGUUUUUUGUUUGUAUUUAGAGAGGGGAGCAAAAUCUGUUCAGAUUUUGAUUUGUAAAUAUGUAUUAAGGGUCAUUUUGCUAUAAUCCCAGAGCUGGCAAAUCCUGAAUCAAUGUUCUGACCAGGGCAAGAACGCUGCAGCCGAGCUAAAUAAGCUUUCCAUAAGGACCCUGUUCAUCUGUAUUUCUCCAUUUCUUGUAGCGAGACUUAACAUAUUUUUCCUUUUUAAGUUGGCUUUGUGUUGAAGUCUUCUCACCAGAGCGAGUCUGCUGCAACCUGAACUAACACACCUGUGGAGAGAGAAACAUAAGGAUGCAUUUAAGAUUUAAAAAAUGGAAAAGUCAGCUUCUAAAUUUCAAUUUUCAACAAAUAUCAUUUUACUAAAAUUGAUCUCUGAUUAAAAAAUGCAUUUAAACUGUCCUGAAUAUGCGGCAUUAUUAUUACAAGUUUUUAUAGUUUCAUCCACAAAAACAAGAUUUGCUCGUUUUCUAGAAAUUAGUCCUAGAAGGUAGUCAACAGGAUGAUACUGAUACCAGUGACUCUGCAGCUGACCAGAUGAUGGUGGAUAUGUAAUGCCAAUAUUAGACAUUAUCAAUUGUAUUUUUUAAUCAGCCUCCUGAUCCUGACUGAUGCUAAUAAUUUCAAAAUGCCAUGAAUCAUCCCGGCAGAUUAACGUCUCUUCCUCUGGUCGUCUUGUAUUUGGUAAAAAUUGUGCUUCACAAGCCACAAUAACCCUCUAUCACACCUCAUCUCGCAGCUCUCAAACAUGCUCUAUACUCUCUCUAUGCACACAUUAAUUAAGAAACCAUUACCUCAUGCGAAUGUGACAAAAGAAUUGUGUUUUGAGUGUGGCAUUGUGGGGAAUUUUUUGUGAUUUGUUUUGUAUUUGUGCCACAGCACUACACGUGGUUUACACUUGUUUACAGAUUUGGAUAUGAGGCCCCAUUGAGACCGCUUCCCUAUCGCUUCCUCUUCCUCUUCACCUAUUCUUAGUGUGUGUUUGUGUGUUCCCGCACACAUCCUCCCUUUUCCUGCUCCAUUCUCCUUGACUUGUUGCUGUGAGCAGAAUAGUUCAGCUGUCCCGUUUGUUUAGCAAUGAGAGCGUUCCCUCACACAACAACAUUAGCAUACUCCCCUACCUCCCUGCCUUUUUUUAAUAAUUGAAUUGAAAUGCACCUCAUUUUUAUCGUACACAAUGUCAGGAAAGCAUGCCAGAUAUACAGCCUGUCCACACACCCACACACACCCACGCACACACAUACGCGUCCCACAUGGGACUCUAACCCCAGGAGAGUUAGGGAAAAUUGGACCAAGACAAUACCUUGACUGAAGUUUGUUUAUACCUAAUCAUUUUGCAUAUACGGUAUCCCAGGGUGCAUCUGUGCAGUCCUGAGGGCUUUUGAAGGGCUUUGUGUGCAUACCUAAGUGUGCAGGUGUGCAGAUGUUUGUAAGCCUCUGUUUGUGUCUCCAUCUCUGUCAUGUCUGCCCUGAAGUACACCAUUACCAUUACCCACCUGCUGUGCAAAUCUUGGGUCACAAAAGGUCCAUGGCGGGGCUGGCGCUCUGCCCAGGUUUGGGUGGUGCCACUCUUGCGGACCUGGCAUGGGUGCAGAAGUGGAAUCUGAGCCGUCCACACCCAGUACAGCCAAGUCAAACAGAGUUUCACCUAACAAAGAUGGACUUGUUUGCUGCCAUACUUCUCCCUUUCUUGUCCACUUUUUUUCCUUUCUUUUGACAGAUCUUCUGGUCCCACAGCCAGUACCCCAGCCUCAUUUUAGGGAGUGGUUUCAUCCAUUCUGAAGUAGCUGGGUGGAAUACUUGAGAUUUUCGCGAUAUAACCAUUGUACUAAUAUUCCUUCUUAAGGCCAGGCCAGAGGAAUUUGGGAGGAAACUGUGGCCUACGUGUCAAUAAGAACGCGGCGACCUUGGUCUGCAGGAAGCUUCCAGAACAAUAUUUCAGUUUUUCAGUUAUGUAAUCCAAACAGAAAGAAUAUAGGUGGCACCUCAGUGACCUCAAGUCCAAAAAAUUUCCAAAUUAUUUAAAGUCUUUAACCAGUUUAUAAUAGAGCAGAGACAACACCGCAAGUGUUUAAAUAAAAAAAUUGCUCCUUAUAACUUCAUGCAACAUGGUUAAAAAUAUGGUUUUCCAAAAAAAAAAAAAAAAAUGGUCCAGAGGAACAUCUCCAAUUAAUGAGGUUAGUUAUCAAUACGUGAGUAACAUGACUGGGUAUAAAAGGACAUUCAGAGAUGCUGAGUCUGUCAGACGAAAGAUGGGAAGAGUUUCUCAAAAAUCUCUACGAAAGGGACAGGGUCCAAAAACAACACAAGGUGGUCCUGAUCUUCAGGCCCUCAGGUAGCAUGCCAUUAAAAACAGGCAGGACUCUGUACAAGAAGUCCCAGUAUGGGCCAUUCUCUGGACCUGAACCCAUUUAAGAUUUAAGACUGUGGUCUGUUGACUCGAAAUUUGACAUUCUUUUUGGAAAUCAUGGAUGCUGCAUCCUCUGCUUUGAAGAAGAGAGGGACCAUCUGUUUUGUCAUCAGCUCCCAGUCCAAAUCUAGCAUCUCUGAUGGUAAGUGGAUCAUCAAAGUCCAUGUCAUGGGUAGCCUCCACAUCUGUUAAGGCUCCAUUAAUGCUGAACAAUAUCUACAGGUUUAGGAGCAACAUCUGCUGACAUCUAGACAAAAACUUUUUCAGGGAAGACCUUCAUAUUUAAGCAAGACACUGACAAACCUCAUUCUGACAACAGGGAUUACAACAGCAUGGCUCUGUAGUAGAAGAGUCCUGCUUAUAAACUGGCCUGACCAAAGUCCUGACUUAUCACCCGUUGAAAAGAAAGGAGACCCUGAACCUGAGCAGCUGAAAACCUCUAUCAGUCAAGAAUGGGACAACAUAUGACUUUCAAAAACUUCAGAAACGGGUCUGCUGGAUUGACUAAAAUGUACUAGUUGUUUAAAGAUGAGUUGAUGACACACAAUAGGAAACAUGACACUGCAUCAACUUUAUUGAAAUAUGUUUCUGGUCUCAAAUUUAGAAUGUCGAUAUCAUUUUCACAGUUUUAGCGUUUGCUAUUUGGUCUUUUCUCUAUCUGUAAAGGCCUUGAUUGAUUUGAAAACCAUCAAAAUCUGUUAUUAUCAACAUUUAUCACAGCAUCAAAACUUUCAUCUAAGGUUGUAGUUCAGGAAACAGUCUGUUUAUCAUGGACAGAAACCUUGUUACUCAAUGCCUAUGACAGGGAGUUUGUUUGGCUCCCAUAAAGUGCAGUAAAUAAGCACAUUUCAGGAAGACACUCUCUGACGUGGCUGUAAUUUUCAUUUUUACAGCCUGUUUUGCUCUUCUGCUCCUGCAGCUGCCGCUCCUUUAUGUCAGGUACAGACAUUUUAAUUAGGGCAGUGUCUAUGGUGGCUCUUGCAUGAUGGAUUGGUGCUGCUGAAAAUACAGUUAUAAAUCAUCUGGUACUUGACAGACAAACUGCUGGCAACUCUUGCACCCCCCUGGCACCGGCCACCAUUAAAGCAGCCGUGAUUGUCAGCGAGGUUGGUUGGUGUAUUAUUAACAUCGUUAGCCCUGCUGGCUUUUGUUCUUAGCCUUCAUUAACACCAGUAAGGAUGUCAGUCCAGAUGUCACUGCCCAACUUUCUACGCUUUUGCGUUUAAGAGAAGGGCAGCACGAGCACGGGACCUUUUCCCCUCAGGUCAAGGUCAAGAUAUGUGAUGAGUGUAAUGUCAUCAAUCAUGGUGAUCAGUUUCGGUGGCCGUGUGUCCCUCAUCCAUCACGCUGAUGGGUUUCGCUGCCCGUGUGGCUUCGUGUCGCUGUCUGGGCCGGAGGUAAUUAAUAACCCCCAGAGAAGGAAUUAAUGAGUUAACCUGCUCCACUCUCCUGCUGUUCCUGCGACAGAUGCUAACGGUCAGCGGCUACUUAUCCCAUGCUAGUGGCUCAGGUGUGGGGUUGCAGGAUACCGGGGAAAAAAUGACAUUGCAGUAUGAUUUCUUCGUGAUUUAUUAUUUUUUACUUAAAGUACCAGAAAUGUAACCAUAUAAAUGAGGUUUGAAGACUACAUCCUCUAAUGAAACAAACUUAUCUGUUUUUUGUUUUUUUUUUGCAAUAUAUUGUUCGGCCUUUUAGCUUGAAACUGAGACGCCUCAGUCUAACUGCUGAGUUAUCCCCAGUUAGGUUUUAUUAAAUAAGGAUAAGCUUCAUUUUACGACAUCCUAAUGUAGCAUAGCUACAACACUGGGGCCUGCAUCUUCCAAAUAAAAUGUGCAUGCUACGUUUGAAAGUAGUUGUUGCAAACAUUGAACUGUUUGCUAAUUACCAAAGAUUUUUGGGACAAUGCUCAUAUUGCAGUAUCAGUACUAUUGUGAUGUAGUGUGCAGCCCUGUUCAGGUGCACUUAUAAUCUUUUGCAUGUCUGGUGAGAAUGACAGGAUAUUCCUACAGGACACUGAAUGUUUUCUUGUUUUGAUUUCACCUUUGGACUGCAGCCAGCUGGUAAGCAAAGCCCCCUCAGAAUAGAAAUCCUUGCUCGCUGGAGUCUCACCCAAGUCGGGGAGUGCUUUCCACAGGGGGGCAGAGAAAAAAAUAGAGAUAGGAGAAAUACAAAGGCAGUCUGAUAUGUCUGAGGAGCAGGUUGAAUAACGAUGGUUGGCUCCUUAAAGUGCAGGAGAAGGAGAGACUCUCCUUGCCCCCAGGUCCUGAAAACUGAUCGCUUGGUUUUUGAAAGAGCGUCUUUGUGAGGAUGCCUCUGCCUGCUCCUCUGAAGAGCGCUCACUGUCUGUUAUGACUAAAAAAGAGCGGCCGAGUUUUCAUCACCCUCAGAAGAUAAAGCUCAGCUUUGAAAGGAUGGAGAGCGUUGUAGUUUGAACUUAAUUUUCCUUUUUUGUUUUUUUUACUGUCAGUGGAGCGAUGGUUCUGCCUGGGCAGGCCUUGUUAUUGUGUGCCGUGUGCUGGGUGUUAUGUUCCCUGGGUUUUUGGCCGGCCAUUGUAACACAAGUUAGCUCUCAUGCUUUCAGUCCCCAGUGUGUUGGAUACUUUGUUGUGGAGGCUGCAGAAUGGCUUGCCUAUCAGGCUUUUCAUGCGGGUCACUCAGGGUGGGAUGCAGUGGGUGGGUGUGUGGGUGGAUGUGGUUUUAUUUAAACUGCAGAUAAGGGAGCAUGUAUGGCUGUUCAAAGCCCGGUGUGUAGGCUGCUGAUACUCAGAGGAAAACUCCGCUUGCUUUUGAGUUGGCUCGCGCUUGCGUCGCGAUCAUCAUAUCAUUAGUUCUCGUGUGUCUAUUUUUUGCAAAUGGCUGCAGCGAUGGUUUCAUCCCCCUCCCCAUCACGCGGCGCAACCAAUUCAGCCACCACACAGACAAAACUACUCAUUAACUCCCACUACCCACUCCCUCUACCCUCACUGCCCCCUUCCCUCCAAACGUGCUUUAACGAAGAGACAACGGGAUGGAGGAAGGGGUGGGGGGAGGACUGACAAAAGGGAAAAGGGACUAAAGCCAGAGAGGAGGGCUGAAUGAGUGAAAGAGCUGCUGGGGGAGGAAAAAAGGGGGAAGAAUGCGAUGUCCUGGUCUAUGAGGGAUCCAUUUUUUUGCCUUUCCAGAAUAGAACAGUAAGUCACCAGCCUCUUUGUUUGCCUUUGAUCUCUCAGCUCAGGGAUUUGGCACCUGACAAACCCCUCUCUGUCUGAAAGGAGGCCUGCAGAGAGAAAGCUGAGGAGAGUGGGAGAGAGAGAUAGAGCGAGGAAAAAUAACACAGAGGAGUCAGGGAGCUGCAGACGAGACCGUGCAGAAAAGACAGCGUGGAAAAGAAGGAUUAACUUUAGAGGGGAUAUGAUGAGCUCCUCCAGUCAGAUCCAGUAAAACUAAAUACAUCUGUGCUGGUGUGUGUCUGUAUUUGCGUCUGUGUGUGUGUGGGUUUGCGGGGCUGGCCCGGGCAGUGAUAAAUCCAACAAGUCUUAAGGGAGAUUCCUCUCUGAAGCCACGGUUUCUUGGACCGCCCACUAGUGCGGUCUCUCCCCUCAAACACACACUCUCACCCCUAAUAGGAAGCAAAUUCCCCAGCUUUACUCGGAUAUCGACCUUUCUUUUCCCCCGACUGUUUCUUUCUGCAGGGCAGUCGCUGCUGUAAACAAGCCCUUCUGAGUUGACUUCACAUUUUCAAACACAAUUUUUGAACUCUGGAACGCCAAACCGCAGAUGGAUAUGCAAGAGUGUGUCUGGUUCAAACAGGGAUUUGUAGCUGAGUAAGGAAUUUUCGGACAGCCUGUGGGGACUCUAGGGUCAGCUUGGGACAGCUUAAUAAUUGAUGAGGAAAACUCAUCAACCGUGCACAGUUUGAGGUAGGCUGGUGUCGGACUGCGCCACUCUAAAUAGGCUCAGGCCCAAAGGCUGUGAAGCAUAGGACUCAAUUAACUCUCCCUGCAGCUUUCAGUGAAGGGCCAUCCUCUCUAACAGCUGGUUGACCCCUCUCUCAACUCCGGACACUUUUCCUGGUCAGCGCACAUGUACAAACCCGAACAGCAACUUUGUGUUUUGUCACCUGAAGCUGUCACAACCCUUUUAAACAAUACCCACAAAUCCCAGUGUCCUUCUAUCUCUGGAUGUGAGGCGAGGUGCUGAAAGAUUGUCUUAAAGAUAGAGAGAUAACACAAAGCACCUCCUGACUAAUCUGAAGAAAAGAAACGCAGUCUUCACGCACCCCUGCGGGCUACAAUCAAAGAGACCUUUAGCUUAGCGUUAGUGAGUGAAGCGGCAAAGGAUUUAGCUCUGAUUGACUGAGUGGGAACGGGCGAAGAAUGGCUCAGCAGGUAGCCGCUAGCCGGGCUGGGUUAACGCUAUGCUAUCCUAAUCCAGCAGCUGGAGGAGUAGGACCGGCUGCAGGGCAAAAAGCCUGACUUUAUUACACCUCUAUAAGAGGGAUUUCCCAGUCAUUUUGGGAAUGGUUGGAGGAAUGUGUGUUCUUGUUGGAGGACAGAAGGAAGAGGUCUGUCCUCUGUGAGCGUACUAGAUUGGCACUGAAUUGCUUUCUAUUGUAAUGUUAGAGCUUGUUUAUGUGGCUGUUCUUUUGUACCUUGUUUCUCCUUGUGUAGCUGUGAUUGUGACAUUGAAAUCCAUGUAUUCAAUUCAAAUUCUCAUUCAAAACAGACUGUAUGUAAUCUUAGUCAUUGUCCCCCUUUGAUUUUUGAGGAGGUGUCAUGAAGUCUAAAGAUGGUUAUCACAAGGGUAGUUCCAAAGUGACUAAAAUCCUCAAAGUUCACAAAUUUUGCAAUAAAUUAAGUUGGGGCCAGAUUACAUAGUGAACAUGCUUAUUCCUGCAUAAAAAACAAAACAAAAAAAGAGGAACUUAGGUAUGGGCUCCUUGCUAAAUCAACCUCUAGUGGACACAUGAAGGAUUGCAUUUUUUGCACCCCUGCAUUGGCUUUAUUUGUUAGAUUGUUUCUUGACACUGUCAGUGUGUGUUUGUGAUUGCUCUGUUGGAUUUCAACCACAGGAUCAAGUUUGGUCCAGUACAGUUUGGUCUAGUUUGGUAUAAUAGAUCCUUAUCAUGCUUGCAUUUCUACAGUCAGCUGCACCCUCUAGAGACCAUCCUAGCUCUACAUUUUAGGGUCAGAUAGGAACCCUAAGUACCCCAACAGCAGGAUGGGAAAAAGAUAGUUUGGAUUGGUUGUUGACAGUUGAAAUAUAAACAGUUGUGUAUCAAGCUGAACCAAACUCAUGUAAUUAUCUUGUUGGGACAGUAUACGGAUUCAUCCUUCUGUCUCCAGUGUUUGUUUUAUAUCACACACAUUAAUACACACCACCUAACCGCGGCCUUGCUACCAUUCGUUACCCACAUCUGAGCCCACGGCAGCCUCAUUGAUUGACAGGUUAUUUGGUCCAAUCGGUGUCUCGACUGUCUGCACAGCACCUCUUAGAGAAUUGUUCUUUUGUCCUCCUCUUCUGGUUCAGCGCUCAGGGGGUGAAAUAUAACCCUGCAAGGCUUCCCCGGCCAUUAUGGAAACGGAUAGAUGAGGGAGAAACUCCUUGAAACACGAGCCUACCAAUCAAACUGUCACUCAAAAGAAAGGUGAGCACUGUCGCCAAAAGCAGAAAAAGUGUCACUUAGGUUACCUUUUUCAGACGGAGGCGUGCGUGCUCGGACUCCCACAGUGAAAACAACCCUCUGAGAGUGACAGAGCUCCUGGUGUGCCAAGUGCAGUGGCAUUUGUUUGUUAAAUGGUCCGAAAUGCCAGUGGCUUUGGUUUCAUUGCGGCUGCAAAUCUUGCCAAUGGAGCAUGGCUUAAAUUUGUGAGAAAGACACGGGGCAGUUAUUUGAUCUUCCUGUUUUUGUCAGGGGAAAUCACAGCCUGUUUCCCCCUUCAGUUUUUUUUUUUGUUUUGUUUUUUUUGAUAAUGCAGGUUCGUGAGAAAGGACAAAAGAUGGAGAAUUAAGGGAGAGAAGUAAAAGCCUCUGGGUUACAAAUGCUUUCUGGUGGCUAAUUGGAGGAAAACGGGAAAGAUCAGAGAGUUUCCCUUUUGCUUUUUGAUGGAAAACAAUUAGUUGAAGUCAGCUGCAAUGCUAAGGUGACAAAAUGUUACAAAGCCUCUUAAAUCCACAUAAUUUAUCAUGCUUAUUCUGAAAGUGCCCUGUCAUCCAAGUGGGUUAAACUUGAAUUCAUGAACACAUAUGCACAGCCAACCAGAUUACAACAACAACCCUCCAGGGACAGAUGGCUCAAAGGCAGGAACAUAAACACAGGCUAGUCUGUAACUUUAGCGUUAGCAACCCUGCGGCUAAAGUGUCAGAACUAUGGAAACGUUAUAGGGAAGGAAGUGAAAACAGUCUGACAGCCACCUGCAUAUGCCAGGCGAUCGUUCAGCAGGGUGUGCACGGUUCUACUGAUUAAAUACGAUGUCUGAAAACUGAAUAAGCAACAUUAAGAGUGAGGAGUUCAUUGAAGCACCAGAAAAGAGACUGCUACACUGACAGAUAAUUACUGUUGAAGGAGCAAAGAGGCUUGAAAGAUUACAGAGAAGGUGGUUAAAUUCGUCACUUUGGAUCGUCAUCAAGCGGCAGAGAAUGGAGGCUUUAGUCGUCUUUUGACAGACGGCGUGUAGCUGUACAGCAAAGUUUGUGACAACAUAAGCAGGGACUUAAAACAUGAUGUAAAAGCUGUUAGACAUCUGAACUCAGACUUUUGUCCCAUGUUGCUGCAGAGAAAUGAAGUGAAAUUCUCGGUCUUGCAGCUGGGCGUCACCAUUGUGAGUCUCACACAGUUGCAUGAGAGUUGCGUUUACGGCAGCAUCCCUUUGAUGCGUGCUUCAAAGCCAGGUUUAAAUGGAUCCAUUCAUAUUUUUCCUCUAACAGGUAGAACUAUGAUAGGCUGGGAGGUCUGUUAAUUUCAUGUGAACAUGUUAAUUUUGGAUUUUGCCAUCAUUCACAUCUAACCAAAAUACUUUCCUCUCUGAAUCUUUAUCAUCCCUCAGCCUGCAAGAUCGGUUACUACCGUGCCCUGGCUACUGACGGAUCCUGCUCCAAGUGCCCUCUUCACAGCUAUUCUGUCAGAGAGGGGUCCACGUCCUGCAUUUGCGAUAAGGGAUACUUUCGCUCUGCUAUUGACCCGGCGUCCAUGCCCUGCACACGUAAGUACAGCAACACAAAACUCACACAUGUAACUUCUGCCUAAACACGGUUCUGUAUUCAUGCCCUCUUUUUCUUAUUCAAAUGCCAUCCUGAAGCACCUCGGCACCCUCACAGAGACACACUCUCUGCACACACACGGAGCAGGUGUCUGCUGGAUUAAUAGGCGUCUUUUGAUGCCAGGUGGUACUUAGUGAUCAGUCAUGGUGACAGAGAACUAAUGAGGGUAUAAACCGCUGCUUCUCCACUCACAGCAGAGGAGAGAGAGAACAAUAGGAUGGACAAAUGGAGAUAAAAUGAUAGUGGAGGUGCGGGAAGAUGACCAACAAGGAGGAAAAAUAAGAAGAGAUGCUGGGAAUUAAUGUGAUGUUUUGAUAGAGGAAGGGGGUUAAAGUAUCAAGGAGACAGAUAAGGAAAGUAAAAACAGAAAGCAUCAAACCUGAAGGAACCUUUUUAUCCCCGGUGUGUCUUUGCUUUGCACCACUGGACCGUAUAAAUCAGCCACCGGUGAAUCCACCCCUCCUGCUUGUGAUAACAAAUAUAUCGUUAACAGCCUAAUGAUACAUCUCCCUCUUCAAAACCUCAAUCCCUCUCUGAGUCAUACAUGAGGCUUCAUGGUGGGAGAAGUUUACACAAACACACCAAACCCCCCUACCCACUCACUCCCCUGGAAAUAACAGCAUUCAUACCAACAUGGCAGACGUCUGUGUGUGAGUGAGUGUGUGUCAUAAAACAAUUUUAACAAGCAAAACAUCUGCUGGGUCGCUGAGCUCAUAGUUGGCUCUCCAUUUGGCCUGAAUGAUCUGUCAAGUUCCUGUGGAUUCGUCACUCAGCGAAAUAGUUUAUUGAAUCAGACAAGCGGCCGAGCUCUUACCGCCAACACUUCGCUGCAGAGAGCCCGGUGCUCUUUGAUUACUCCCCUGCUGCACACUAUCUCUGCAGGAUCAUAAACAAUGUUCUGGUCUGGCAUAUUUUUACGAUUAAGAUAAAGACUCAAUGUAGGAGUAAGGCAUGAUGGUCAUCUGCUGCAUCCUUGAUUGUGUGGCUCUGGCUUUUUGUUGCUCUGUGCUGACCUAUUUUUCUCUGUUAAUAAGUGCCUUAGAACAUGAAACACUCUGACCUGCAGGAUGAAACUGCGCGUAACUUAUUUCCAACUUAGCCAAACAGUCAAAUAUGGUGGCUUCAGUUAUGCCCUGCAAUCAAACCAUGCACCUCAUGUACAGAAGUGGCUGUUGUCAGAUAAAAUGGCCAGAAUUCAGUUCAAACUCCCACGAUACGAUAUUAUCACGAUACUUGGGCCAUGAUACGAUAUUUUUGCGAUUUUUAACGUUUUGCAAUACAGUUAGUGUUGCAAUACAAUAUAUUGCGAUUUUCUGCAAUUUUUUCAACUGUUUGGCUAAUUUAGCAUUUGUCUUUUCUUUAUGUUUGUCUUAUUGACGCUGUAUUUUAUUUUCAUGUAGCACAUCUUGCAAACCUUAUAUGUAUUUGUAGUACUAACUUUCUCCUACUCUAUGAUGUCACCUCUGCCAACCUCACUGGACAUAAAGUUUAUUUUAUCUUUCCAUUAUCAUAGAUUUAACUUCAUAUGAACAAUUAAUUUGAAAAAAUCGGUACUCUGUCAAUGAGACAAUACAAUAUAUCACCUGACAAAAUAUCGCGAUACUUUGCUGUAUCAAUUUUCUCUCCCAUCCCGACUAAACUUCUCUCAAUAGAUCAUACCAGCCCUAUCUAGCCAACAAAACAGAGUUUCAGUAGUGCACAGUCGACCCCUUUGCAACAUCAGGAUCAUCAGCCCAAAUCAAGCUGCCCAACUCUUUUUAAUCCCUUUUUUGUCUAAAUGUCAUCAAACAUAUUUCUUACUUGUUGAUCUAGGGGAAGAAAAUUGCUUAAACUUAUGGAGGAUUUCUCGUCUUGUUUGUUGAUAAUGAUGAAAGCAAGACCACUGGUGUCAUGGUUUAAAACAGGGCUUCUCAAACUUUUCAGCCCGAGACCCUCAAACUAAGAGUACCAGGUGGAGUGGAUCAAAUAUUAGGCUAAAAUGAUCAAAAGUUUUAAUUUGCGGCCCUUCAGAGGGGUCCCAACCUCCACCUUGAGAACCACUGGUCUGGGAAGUGACCCUUUCAGUCUAGUUUUUGUUUUUAUAAACGGGUUAAAUAUAACCCUUCAAGACUUCACAGGUAGUUACAGCAACAGAAAGAUGAGGGUUUUUCUUAUUAGAAUCAAGAAUUUGCUGCUCUGCAUUAAAAAAAAUGUCUCUUUUUCCUUCUCUGUUGUCUGUGAACAUUGAUUGGCCAAUAAAUGUUGUUUAUAACACCAGUGUAAGAUUUGUUUUCUAUAGUUUUAGACAUUUUAUUGACCAAAUUUAUCUUUAGUUUCAGAACUACAGCAAUAAAUCAAACCCAAAGGGAACUAAUGAUUUCUUUUUUUUCUUGUAAAUAGAAAAGGCUCACCAUUUCCAUUAUUUAUUAUCAGUUUGUGAAAAUUUACUGUUUUAAAGAAGAUGAAGCGUGAUUCGUAUAAGCUGAUUCGUUUAAAGCCAUAGCAGAUUUUUUAUUAGAAACAAUAAUGUAACCUGGUACUUUGUUGUCCUGUUGUCUAUUUUCAUCACAGUUUUCACAUGCAUGCUGUUACUGAGGCAGUAGAAAUGCCUCAGUCUUUGCAGCAGCAGCAGAAGCAGUUGUGCAUCGGUCAGGGAAAAGUCUGCAAACCACACAACUGUGUAAUCUUUACAACACAGCUUGUUAAAUUUAGACACAGUCGUAUAAAUUCACAGAUCUUUUGUAUAAAAAAAGACGUUUCAAACAUAAACCUUCAUUAUUCAGCCGCCUGCACACUCACUGUAUAGCACAGCGCUAAUAUAUCGAGUUACAACCCCUCUUUUAAUUAAUGAGCCCGGAGCCCAUCCCCAUUGUCCCGUUAGUCGGUAUGGCAUUUGAGUGCGGCUGCUGCAAGCAACAGCUGUCAAAGCUCAUUACUGGCCUUAUUUUAUUGGACCCUGUUAGGCCGUCUCCGCUGCACUCCCAGCUCCACCGAGAGGAACUGAACAUUAGCCCGACUCUCCCACCGACCUCUGCCCCGCCUCAUCAGCCGCUCAACAUUUGACCUUUGAACUCCUACCCUGUCUGUCGUCUGCUGUUUUCCUUCCUCAACUCUUUUUUUUUAAACUUCUCACCCACAUGGCCGAGCUCUGUAAUUACAGCUGUCAGUCACUCGUCCUCCUCACCCACUUUUUGUUUUCUCUCUCUCUCUUUUGCUCAAAACCCACUCAGAGUCACAGACAGAGCAGAUGAGGGAAAAAAGAAAAAGCCUCUUAAAAGUCAUUUCCCAGUUUGCCUUGCUGAAGGUCAGACUGGGAGAGAGCCAGCCUCUCUGGUAAUUGGGGUGGAUGUUUGUGUGACUGUGUUCGUGAGUUUAUGUGUGUAUGUGGAGGGGGUAAUUGAAACUGCUCUCCUCUCUUUUAGCUGCGAGUCCGAAGAUGGGGGAUGAUGAUUAAAAAUGAACGUUGUGUAAUUCUGCCGUUGUGUGCGGCCUUUUCCUCCUGCUGCGUUUCUGUCAGUGCCUCCCUCGCCCUCCUCACUCUUUCGCAGUGAUUGCUCUUUUGAUUUGUGAUUAAUUUGUGCCACAUUUGAUUGAAACAGCUGCUUUACGAUAAAAAAAACAAGAGAGCCUAUUAUUGUUUGCCUCCCACACUUUGGAUCAACUUGGACGAACCUGGCAGCAAGCGUGAAUAUUUCCUUUUCAAGCAGAUUUUGGAGUUACUGUCAACGUUGUGUUUUCUUCUAGGAUGAGGACCGCAUUUUCCAAGAGCAUUAUCACCCACCGUGGUAAAGAUGUGCCUCUUGAAGUGUAUUUAUUUCUAGGUUAAACUUUUAGCUGUCACAUAAAAACAACCAAACUUUGUAAAGUUCCAAUAAUGUCUGAAUAACCAAAGUAUGCAGAGGCAGUGACUCUCUAACCCUUAGAGUACGGUGAAACUCUUACAUGGCAGCAUAAAUAUGUAUAAUCCAUGCUGCUCUUUUACCGGGUUUAUACUGCUCUGGUAUGAGGUCUACCUCCCAGAGAUCAAAGUCAUAAUAUAUCAAGAUUAUUUUCAUAAAUAUAGACGAAAAAAGGUUUAACUUUCUCCUGACAUGUGUUUGUUUUUUUAACUUGAAUAGAUUAACUCUUGGCUGUUAUAACAUCUUCUUCAUAAAACAAAUGAUUUUUUUAAACUGACCCCUUUAAUUCCCUCAAAUGUACUGCUUGUAAAUCAACUUGCAUAUGAACAUGCUUACCAAAUUUAAACACAUUUAAAACUCCUUUUCUUCAGGACUGUAUUCACUCAACACCAACAUUUCAGAGUGACUGAUAAACACUUUUUCUCACAGAAUUUCUGACCUGAACUCCUGCACUAAAGUGUGAAGAAAUAACCAGUUUUACCUUUUGUAAUGAAUAGGCACCAGUAUAAGAGUGAGAUUUCUUCCAAAUCCAUUUAAAACCCGUAAUGACUUUUGCAUUCGUGUAUAAAAAUGUUUUAUUGGCAUAUUUUGAAAAAUCUACGACAUUAAAUGGUAUUUUUGUUAAACAAAGUCCGAGGUUUCCUUAAGAUAGUUUGGUAAGCUCACUCAGUCAGCGAGGAUAGAGUUUGGUGAAUUAUCUCAAACUAUGCAGAGGGUAACACACAUGAGAACAUGUGGGUGAGUAUAAAUACACACACGUCCACCACAGAGCCGUAAUAAGGACUGGUGUCGGACACCCCCGGGAGCCAGCUGCUCCGCUGUGCUCAGGUUAAAACGAGGGGGUGUUCUCUGUUCUGGGGUUUCCACUCACCCUUGAUGUGUUUCUCAGACUUUCCCCAGUUUUCUUAGCGGCGGUUUGGUUUGGUAGAGGAAGAGAGUGAGAUGGAGAGAGGAGCGAGCGUAGAUCUGGGAGGACUCGAGGGGGGCAUUGAAUGAAUCCCAGCUGGAUGGUAAUAGCGGGGUCGAUGUUCUGGCCAAUUUGGUGUGCUGCUCUCUACCUCGGCCCUGUGCAACACUCAGCUAACAAUUACUGAUAGAAAGAGACAGAAGGAGGAAGGGAUGAAGGAAAGAAGGAGUGAAGUAAAAAGGGGAGAGGGGAAUAGAAGCAAAAGAGUUCCAGGAAAGUAAGAAAUAUGGCUCAGAGCGGAUAUCUCGGCUGUAAGUGGCCAGAAAAGGAAAAAGAGGAGGGAGGAAAUUUGCAACUUAGUUCAGAGAAACUUUGCAAGUCUCCCUCCGGAUCCUUCCUGAGAGGAGUGUGAAGUUUUAAGGCCAUGUUGAGCCAACGUGGUGUGAGCGUUACGUUCCUGAUUCCCCCUCGCCAUUCUCUCUCUCAGGAUUAAUUACUGGGUGUCAGUCACAGCUGACGGCUCUCCCACGCUCCCUUGCUCCCACUGGUGCAUGCUGGGAGAGCGACAGGUACAGCCAAAGGUAGUUUUGUGAGUGUGUGAGUGAGUGUGGUAUGCAGUACUGACAUACAGUGGAAUGAGGGCAAGACUUUAUAAUGUCAUAAAGUUAUACAGCACUCACCAUGGCAGCAGACAAACAAACUUAUCUCACUCAGCUGAUCACACACACACACACACACACACACACACACACACACACACACACACACACACACACACACACACACACACACACACACACACACACACAUUAUCACACAAUAUCUGCUGACACAAUGCUAUCACAGCUGAUGUUACAAUUUUACCAAGAGUUAGACAAGACAUUUUAUAACUAUACAGCACAAUCACUUGUCUUUGCUAUAUCAUAAAACAAGGAUGUGAUACUUCCAGGAUUUAUCUGCAACUCUGGAUUGUACUUAUCUUUUGUACAAUACAUGUUUAUGUAAUUGCACUUAUUUUAUGUACAGCGCUUUGGGAUUUUUAUCUUACUUACUUAUUAUUUGACCAUCUGAAAGUUGGUCCAGGAGGUCUUAAGUUAUGAGCAGUUAUGAGUCCAUGAGCAGAGAUCCAAAUCAGUUUCUUUCCUAACCUGCCAAGAUGACAGUAAUAUAAUAAAGUCACUAGUCAUCCAUAGUUCAAUGAUAAUGAUAUUACUAUUUCAUGCAUACCUGUGUAGCUGCGUCAUGCAGACAGGCUGAGACAGCAGAGGGACAGGAGAAAGGAGUUGCAGGCAUUUCUUAGCCAUGAAGUGCAUAACUGAAAUAGAGAAGCAGCCUGUGAACAAAAUAAUGGAAACAGACAAUCAAAGUUGCAUGAAACCUGUUGCAUGAAAAUUUACCAAUAAAUAUGCAGUGACAGUUUUUAUUUUCAGUGUUUGUAGACCUCCAUUGAUUAUAUGUUACCUGUGCUGGGGGCAUCUGAUACAUUGAAUUAUCUACUUUAAUAACUAUUUGUGUUUGUAUGUUUAACAGAAUAAGACCUUUAUACUCUCAGGCUGUAAGUGCCGAACAUCUUGAACUUUCUGUCCUUUUCCAAAGAACAGUAAACACAAACGCAUUCCUUAAUAGCAAUGUCGUCUUUGUUCUGCUGGGUUUAUGAUGUUGUAUGUGCAGAUAAGAGCUGACAAAUAGCUCUAGAGUUUAUCUCUGAUAGUGUAGUGAGUGUUUAAAGGGUGUAGUAAAGGUUGUUUGGUCUGCACACGGGCAAAGCUGCUUUAAUAAUGAUAGCACCUUAAUAUAGAAACUCCAUCUGUAACUGGUAGAAUAAGGUGAAGGAGUGGAGGAGGCAAAGAGGGUAAGGAGGAGAAAAAGCAGUGAGGAGUAGGGGGGGAUGGGAAGCAAUUUAUCAUUAUUUUUAAUGAGGACUUAUUAAUAGGUUUUUCAUCCGCGGGUACGAGAAGUAUGAAGAGGGAAGGGAUGCUAAUAUUAGCUGAGUGUAGACGUCUGCAGAUCCCAUGGUCUCACUGCUGGUGUCUGGAGUUAUUUGUGAUCUUUAAGGUCAGAUUCAGACAAACAGACAGCUCUCCUCACAUGCUGAUGUCCAUUUCUGCUCCCUCCCAUCCUCUCUCUACGCUCCCUCCAUACUAAUCAGUGUGCUUCCUGCGUCCUGGACGAACAGACGGUGUUUGUCUUCUCUGUCUGUCCUUCAUCGCCACACUCACCAACUCAAGUGCACGCAGAGAUGCAUAAAGAGACUUUAUAGAUUCAUGCAUUAUGUGUAAAAUUGUGCUUCCACGUCUCUUUCCAUAUGACAAACUCUUGCACAACAGCGUGAUUCUUUCUUCUCAAGCGACACACACACACACACGCACACACUCCCAUCCCCCGGUCUCCUCUGCUGCUCUCUGUGUCUCUGUGAAAUCACUCAUCGCCCCUCUUCUCCUCCAAAAAUAACACUGAUAAUUAAUUUCCGUUGUGAAAUGAUUCGUCUGUGGAUGGACUAGCUUUCAUAUUUCACCCCGCAUCGAUCUCUCAGCCUGCUCGCGUGUGCUUCAUUAGUCAGAGGGAGAGCGAGCGAAACGGGGGAAACAGAGAGAGAGAAAGAGGGACAGGGAGAGUUAAGUCAAUUACCGUCGCUUAUGUUUGAAAGCAAUGCAAAAAAACACAUUAAUUACAAUCGAGCUGACAUGCAAAGUGGGAUGGAUGAGCAGAGGGGUUUGCGUCACAGUGCGUCUGCAGAGCUGCUCUUCUUAUAAAAGUACAGCGAGCGAGCUUUACAUCAAAGCUGAAACUUAAUAACGGCUCCAGAGCAAACUUUGUCUAAAGUUAUUGAGUGGGUGCCAUAAAGCCUCGGUGUUAGCAGCAGGCCGGGCGCUCUGCCACCUCCAGCUGAUCCAGCCUAUGAAUGGGAAAGAAAUCUGCUGGCCUAUUGGAUUUCAGCUAACGUGCUGAAUUAACUGAGGUGAAACUGAAUCCUCCCUCGCUGUAAUGGACAGAACAUUAAAAGGGAAUUCAAGCAGCCUCAGCUUUCAAUAGAGGGAGAACCCAGUCAAUUACAGGUUUUCGUUUUUAUUAUAUGUAUGUAUGGAAAUGUACUCUCUUUGCAGCAUUUAGUCAAAACGUACCGUUAAUACGACAGUCUGCCAUUUGUUUUAUUCCUUUUUUAAUAACAUCCACUCUUUCCCUUUUCUCCCUCCUCCACAGGGCCUCCGUCAGCGCCUGUCCAUCUCAUCUCCAACGUGAAUGAGACCUCUGUAAACCUGGAGUGGAGCCCGCCCCGCAGCACAGGUGGACGCCAGGACCUGACGUAUAAUGUGGUGUGUAGGCGCUGCGGGCCUGACGGCCGGCGCUGUCAGCCCUGCGGAAACGGCAUCCACUUCAGCCCACAGCAGCUGAGCCUGAAGGGAACCAGAGUGUCCAUCAACGAGCUGCAGGCCCACACCAACUACACCUUUGAGGUGUGGGCGGUGAACGGAGUUUCGCCUCAGAGCCCUGGGCCGGAACAGGCGGUGUCUGUAACUGUCACCACCAACCAGGCGGGUAAGAUGACCAGUGACAGUUUGUGUGAGCUGUCCAUUGUUGUUGUGCUUAGAGGAAAAGAAGUGAAAGUGAGAAGGGAGAGCUAGUUUUUCCUUUUUUUUUUGUCUGCAUUUACGCUCUUUUAUUUCCAGUUUGGGAGUCAAACUCUUGAGUGCAGCUUUAGUGAGUUACUAUUUUUGUAGAACAAAAACUUGGCUUCCAGAGCCUCCUUCACACAUGAGUUACUAAAAUUUCACUCAGGUCAUGUUGACGUCAGGGACUGCUUUCACACAUGCACCUUGCAGAGAAAGAUGAGCUUUUUCACAAGUGCUCCUGCAGCUCCUUAUACCCUGUUUGGUUGAGCUCUAUGUCCAGGACCACCACAUUUCUGGGACUAUAAUUCUGUAAGCCAAAGUGACUUGAGGGGUCCAAAUGUGAAUCUUAUAUGAAUCUUCUCAAAAAAGGUAUCACACUUUGUUUUCAGAAAUGUGUCAUUUCCAGCUUUUUUAACUCAUCAUUAUCAAUGUAGUCCCUAUUUUUAGCUCAUGAUAACAGUCUGGCUAGAAAGUGGAAAGUGCGAUACUGACAAGUUUGUGUUUGUGCUCCUUUUUGGAAAAUUUUCAAGAGUUUUGUGCGUUUGCCAAAAAGAAAAAGAGGAAGGACUCAAUGAACUCACGAUAAAGUUUUUAGUUUUUUUUAACUUAAUCUAAACCUAACCCUUUGAUUGAAUCUAGGUUUUAAGUCCCUCCUUGACACUGUUGAAGUAACUAAAGCUGACUCACAGUUUAGCUUCAGCAGCUGUACCUUCAGAUUUUAAUUGCUUGCUCUUUUCUCAGAUUUCUCGAGUAGGUUAUUUCCCAUUGUGAGCUUGCUAACCUGAGUUGAAUGAAAGUUUUCAGAGAAGCUUUGUGUGCAGGAGUCUAUUUUUGAUGCAGAGCACAGGUUGAUGCUCUGAGUGCUUGAAGUACUUUUUCAUAUUGGCAAUCUGCGUGUCAAAACAUGUUUAUUAAAGCUGUUAAUAAUUUGGGUUAAGGCUGGAUGAUCACUGAGGAGGAUGAUGGAUUCACUGCAGUGGGGGAUGAUUUUCUGCUAUAUUUCAGUGGAGUUUUGCAUAAUUAGGCGCAUGAAGCCCAGGCGAGAGACAGGGGCAACAUGCUAAAUUUAGCUCUCUGGCUAAUGAAUGAGAUGAGUUGUAUUGAUCUGCAGAGGCUUCAUUACAGAUGCUGCUGGAUUGUGUGUGUGUGCGUGUGUGUGUGUGUGUGUGUGUGUGUGUGUGUGUGUGUGUGUGUGUAAUUAUUCCAGCAGAAUACACUCAUGAAUACAGGCUCUCCUCCAGAGCUGGAGAAGAGCCCUCUAGCCCCGGGGUGCGUUCAAAGCCUCCUGUUGUUUUGUCAUUUAGCCAUUUUGUAACCGGUUGUUGUGCAAAUGGAUUUUACGACCCUGGCCCUUUCUCUUCAUCCCUCCCUGCUCUCUUCCACUUAUAGCCGAUCAUUACAUGGUCUUCUUUACUGCUCUGCUCUUGGGUGGCAAGCUAAGUGCCUUUUUGUGUUGUUUUCCUUUUUUUAUCACUAAUUUCCAUCCCUGGGAAAAGCGUAUAACUUGAAUAGGGCUUGGGCUGGCGAUUUAAGGGCACAGAGGCUUGAUUUAUAAGCCGGGGUCAGGAAGAUAGAGAUGAAUGGAUGUGCUGCCUGUGGGAGAGCUGCAGGACCUGCCAGACAGGCAUGUGUGGGGGCUGUAAUGGAGCACGCCCUGGAGUUCAGGCCAAGGACUUAGAGGACGUCAGUGUGGUCACACAGACGAAGAGUGGUGCAAUCUUGCUCAUGUAUUCAUACACAGAUAUAAUGAUACAUGCACACGCACAAACGUCUGCUUGAGGUUGCUGGAGGCUAAUCUGCUGCCUCCGAGAUGUAAGAUAUAGAUGGUGUUGCCUUUGGCUCGUCACUGGUGCAUGUUCCACAACUGUUCCUCAGGAUUAGUUAUAUGAUGCUUGCAGCUGGAGGCUGUAAUACGGUGUGUGUGUGUGUGUGUGUGUGUGUGUGUGUGUGUGUAUGUGUGUGUGUUUGUGUGUGUGUUUUAAAUGUGUAACCUUGACUGGGAGCUUGGCUAGAAGCAAGAAAAUGUGCAACACAGACUGUUUGUACGCCUCUGGAUGAAGAUGAUCUACAGUGGACUCUCAAACAAUGUCCUCUAUGUGUCUACGGGUGUGGAUGUCUUUUCUAAUUUGUGUGCAUAUAUGCGUGUGUGUGUGUGAGUGUGUGUCGUGUUAAAGAGAAUAGCUCCAGACUGAUUGGAUUUCUCCCUGCUAAUGCUCAGUAGAGGCUUUGGGAGCUCUGGUUUCAGCCUCUGGUAAUCCAGGCAGUCAUCUGUGGCUGUCCCUCUCUUUGUAUCGCCUCCCCUCAUCCAGACACUGUGGAUUACACAUUUAUUAUGAUGGAUUUAUUAGGAUUUAUAAGUGCAGUGGAGGAGACACCCCCGCCACCGCCUUUCCAGAAAAGUUCAGGUUUCAGCUGGAGGGGGAAGAAAUGAGUGAGGUAGGUUGGAGGAGCGUGAUGAAGGUUUUAGCAGAAAUAUGAAGGUCUUUCCUGAAAAAGUCAUCGUCUGGAUGUCAGCAGAUGUUGCUCCUAAAUCUGUAGAUAUUGUUCAGCAUUAGUGGAGCCUUCACAGAUGUGAAAGCUACCCAUGACAUGGACACUUAAAAUCCACAUACCAUGAGGGAGGCCUGCUUUGAUAACAAAACGGGUUGUCCUUCUCCUUUUUUAGGGUACCUAUGAUUUCCAAAGAGGAUGUCAAAUCCUGAUACGUUGGUCCACUUCCUCUCAGUCCAUCUUGAAUGGGCUCAUGAGUUGUCUUAGUGUUAGUUUCAUUCAAAUAUAGGCUUAAAAUAACAUCAAACAUGUCAUCGUACACAAUGUCUCAGCCCUCUUUGAAUUCGGGGUCGUAAGACUUAAGCGUUGUUAAAUCGCACGCACACACAUCUGUGACCACGCAUGUGUGCGAUUGUGCAAAGAGGAUUCCACGCCAAGCCAUGAACAGUCUCACAGUCAUAAAUCGGCCGGGCUGUAACCCUUUCACCCCGAGCUGCUCAAGGAGAGAGAGGGACGUCCAGGCUUUGAACUGACCCCUGGCUGUAAAUGGAUGUUUCCCCCCCCUUUUUAUGGGAUCGAGCACUUUUUGUGCGUACAUGUGUGAAAAAAGGAAAGAAAGAGUCAGAGAGUCAGAGGUGUUUAUGUCUUUAUACAAAAUACUUGGCAGGCUAAGGUGUCUAAAAGUGAAUUAGUGCAUGAGAGUGCAAAUGUGUGUGUGGGCAUGUCUGUCGGCCCACAUGUGUGUGUUUCCAUAUCUCUGGCAAAUCGGACAGACGGAAAUGUGUUCAGGGAGAUGGAAGCAGACGGGUGGGGGUGAGAAGGAUCUUGUACGCAGGAGCUACUUUCUGAACGCCCUGAAAAACUGCUCCCUCCUCGGCUAUUUUUCCUUCAGAAGCAGCAAAAUCCUGGGACUCCAAUCUGGCAACCAGGCUCCAAUCUGGCAACCACAUGUGCUCCGCAGCCCAGGUCUCUUUUAAUGUCAAACUGCUCUCGACCGCAUUUUCCUGCAACUGCUUGCGUUGACCGCAGCUGCUUCUCGCAAGACAAACAUCCUCGCAAAGACGAAAUCACUCACUGAACUGUGAUCCAUCAGUGCAGGGACAAUAGAUCAGAAACAUCUGCAGAAAUAAGUGUAAUCUUCUCAAUAGUCCUGGGAAUGAACAAACUCCAACACUACUUUUAGAUUUGUACUUGUAUUAUUGUUGCACAGUUUGUGUGUGAUUUAUUUUGGGGGGGUUUGGCGUUGGAUUUCAGGUCUCUGUCAUCAGAUAAUGAUGCAUGGUUCAUGGUUUUGUUCAAUGUCUGUUUCUCUCUUUGAGCUCUUUUGUGUUGCAGUCUUUUUAUGUGCAUACUGUAAGUGUGUCUGUCAGGCUGUUGCAGGCUGUAGACGGGCUUUAUUUCUUUGCAGCCCACAAUCCUGACAUGAGAUUUGAAUAUUCAUUGCAUCUAACACUUAUUAUUCCAUUUGCGUUUGUAUCCCACGCGUUCAGGGGGCUGUAGGAAAUUACAGAUCUGCCCCCAAAUAUUUAAAAUUCAUUCGCAGCGGUGCCAGCUUGUCUGGCAUUGUCUGCCCAAGUAGCAGCCUCAGGUUAAACUCGUCUCCAUUCAGAGUGUCAGGUUUAGUCUUGCAUCAGCUCUGAAUGUUUUGUGCAUGCACGGUUUUCCAGUUUUCUUUUUACAUUCACUUUGUGCCUUACCUUGUUUUUGAGCAUUCCUCCGGCUAAUUCAUCUUUAAGCAGCCAUAAAACUUGACCUUGAUGGAUCACCUGUUCGAUGUCUGAGCUGUGCUCAACCUCAGUUUCUCACGUACGGAGCCUCAGAAGGGACCACUCAGAAAAUCACUCAUCUUUAUCCUCACAUUAGUCCAGGGGAAAAUAAAAAUGCAACAAGAGGAGGAGAACAAGAUUAAAUUGCCAUAUCUGUCAUCUUUGGAGGAAAGAUGGAUGUGUGGAUUACCUCAGGAGAACGAAGGCCUCUGACCUCUUAGGGGUUUUCUUCCUUAGCCAGAACGUCCUCGCUCGGCCCCAGGAGGGCCUUCAAAUUGGCUCUUGCUGCCGGGGAAGAUUGAUCGGUGGGAUACAAAUGGCCGCCAUCUAAUUGUUUAACAGAGACGCAACACAUUAGGCCAACAGGAUUACACAACCUUGGGUUAAUCUAUUUACCAAGAGAUGUCUGCAAUCCCAUCCCUCUCCCUCUCCAUCUCCAUCUCAUCCUCCGCCAGUCAGCCCCCCUCCCUCCCUCCACUGCAGCUUCUUCACCCCACCGAAACUCGAUCUGCGGCUGGUGCUUGAAUUCCAGGCCCGUUUGAACUCAAUCCUUGGCUAAAAGCAGGGUUUUGUUAGUGUUAGCUUGAAGAGCAGGCUCCCUGGAGCCACUGGUCAAAGUGAAGAGAAUGUAUAUAAUGUCAUAGAUAAUCCAAUCAUAAUCGGCGGACCGUGAACUCCUCAUUAAUCAUCCCACUGUAAUUUUUUAAAAGGCAGAUGGUCUGGGGUGAGUAGGGUUACAGUACCUCAGGGGGUCAGAGGUCAGAGAUUCCCUCCUUGUAAGAACAGACGACUCGUUAAAACGUUACCUGAGCGUGUGAGUGGAUGGGUUGGUGCUGGUGUGCUGCUCUGAGAAGCGGCUUUAUAGUAAAGCCUCCAAACCUCAAGUCGGAGUCAAGUCUCAUGUCCUCCGUGAUGUAGUCCCAGUUGAGUCUGAGUCACUAAGGAGGACUAAGUUGAGUCCGAGAUGAGUCUUAAACUAAUUGGACCUGUGUAAAAACACUAACCUAAACAUUUAAAAAGUCAGGUCCUCUUAUUCAUCAAUGCUCAAGUUUUUGUACAAUCCAAGUCAAAUCCUGAAUAUCUGGACUGUAAUCAGGUUGUUGUUUCAGCUCCAACAGAAACCGUUCAGAUCUUCAAACCUCAGAUACGUUUUUGCUCGUCUCCUCUCUCUUUCUGCACCUGAGUUAUUUCUCAAACCCUCCAGCCUUCUGCUCCUCAGCCUGUAACUCCCUCCAUACAUCUUCCUCUCCACUCAAAACACUCUCCGUACACGAGCCUCUUUCUGUUUACGACGCUAUCUUUCUCAUGCCGGUGAGAUUCUCUUCUUGUAGUGUCAAGAGUGCGUAUGACCCAAUUUUAGCGUUGUCACACUCCCUGAAGAUAGAGGUCUGAUUUGUGCUGCAGUUCUGUACCAGAGGGAGGGAGGGGGUUAGUGUAAGCCAUUAUCUGUGCUUUAACCUUCACAUGUUAAAGGCGUCUGAACGCAGAUAGCUUGAAAUAUGGCCUCAUUAUCAGCUGCGGGGGAAAGGCGCUCGGGAUAAGAUCGCUCGCUGGAGCUUUAAUGAAACCCAAUUGAUUUGCUCUCCUGAAGACGAAAAAGAGAGAAAAAGUGCAACAUCGAGCCUGAUUUGAGCUUUGCAGGCGGACUUUGAAGCAGCGUGGGUUUCCCAGGGUGACCUGAGUGUCUGCAGAAAAUGAAGUUACACAUUAUUUUAGCAGCGUGUAGGAAAAGAGUCUGACAUGCUAGCGUCAGCCAAAGUGAAAUUGGAUCGCUUUUAUGGAGCAUCAGUUAAGAAAUAGAAUAUUGCUGUUUGCUCAGGGGGUUCAGCUGUGUGGUCGUACAGCUCCGUAGCGCCUCCAAUUUUGAAUUGAAGCCAAGUUCAGAGACAAAUGGAAGUGAUCGCCUUGUGGCCUGGCUCAGGGUUUGACUCUCACAGCAGGACUGAGGAGUGGGAGAUUUAGGAGAGCAGCACAAAAGAGACUUGGUGUCUCCAAGGCUGAACACAACUACAAGGACUUGGAGAAAGCAUUUGGCUAACUUUGUUUUUCUUUUUUUAUGCUUUCUUUUCAUCAUCCCACCAGCUCCCUCGCCAGUGACUUCUAUCCAAGCAAAGGACAUAACAAGACAUACCAUCUCACUGGCCUGGCAACCACCGGAUCGAGCCAACGGGGUCAUCCUGGAGUAUGAGGUCAAGUACUAUGAAAAGGUAAGAUCUGUCCGAUGACAUUAUGCCAUAAAAAGUUACAGCUUCCAUCAAACUGAAAUUAAUCUUAUUGUUUCCACUUGUGUCAUCUUCAGGACCAAAACGAAAGAAGCUACAGGAUCAUCAAAACCUCCUCCAGAAACACAGACAUCAAAGGUCUCACUCCCCUCACCUCCUACGUCUUUCACGUGCGCGCUCGCACUGCAGCUGGCUACGGGGAAUUUAGCGGCCCGUUUGAGUUCAUGACCAACUCCGGUGAGUGCACUCGCUCGCUCGCCCCGAUGAUGUCAGUGUGCGGCAGACCCUGAGCCACUCAGCGCCAGCUCUGUCACAUCCAUUUCUGCUAAACCCUGCAGUGAUAGCAUCUUUUACGAGUUUCUCUCUUUCAUCAUGGAGUCGUUCAUCAAAAGAGCUGUCACCUAUAAAAAAUAAAUGAUAUUCUGCCUGGAAACAAGAGAAGCUCAACAGUGAAUGAGGUUAAACAUGCACAGGUUGAAAGUUAAGAUACUUUUGAUGAUAUUUGAUUUUCAAAACCUUCUUGGAAAAUCAAGUGAUUAAGUAUUGACAAAAAGACACAGAACUGGUGAUGUUAGAUAUACAUAACACUGUCAGGCAGUCUACUGUAGAGUCCAGAUGUCUCUUUUGUCAUGCAGAUAUUGACAGCAGCGCAUCGUAAUGACUCAGUCAAGCACACAUCUAAUGGGCCGUCAUUGUCUUUUAGCGGCAGGCCCAUAGAAGAGAGACAAGGGGAAGAAGUGGGAGGGGCUGCCACUGACUUUGACAAACACACACUGUUUACUGGCGUCUUCAUGUGUGGCUGCAGAUUGUAUUGACUUUGCUCUUUGUCUCUGUGCGACCUCUCUCUCCCCCCCUUUAGUCCCAUCUCCCAUCAUAGGCGAUGGCGCCAACUCCACAGUGUUGCUGGUGUCAGUGGUAGGCAGCGUGGUGCUCCUCAUCAUCCUCAUCAGUGCUUUCGUCAUCAGCAGGAGGUGAGCACCAUCCUGUCUGUUCCUUCUGCUUUCUGUCUCUCGCUCUCUCUCUCUGAUGAGCGAUGUCUUUUUCAGCGCCAGGAAAAAAAAAAUCUGUCAGGAAACAGACAAAAACACACAAACACAAACACACACACACGCACACACACACACACAGAUUCAGACAGCCGGUGAGUGAUGACUUGCCACACCGGAGACGUGAUUGACAGCUCCGACAGCUGAAGAGAUGCAAUCAGUGACCCUCCGCUCCCUGUCCUCCACAUCCCGCCAUCCUUCUCCUGCUAUCGCUCAGCUAGUGGCUGUAAUCCUGCCGCUAGUUAUUUUCUCCUGCUGACCGCCGUGAAGAGAAUGAGAGGAGGGGAGGAAAAAGAGAGGGAGAGGAAGGUGGACAAUGAGAUAAGCUGGCAGUGAAAAGUAGGAGAUAGAAUACAGAGAGGAGAGAGGGAGCGAGACAGAGAGGCAUCAGGUGGAUUUGCAGUGACCCAAUCUCAGGGUGUUAACCAGGGAGCAGGACAAAGCAGCGUCACACAGAUGGGAUUACAUGCAGAUGGGGCUGCCUCACCUCAGGGUGUUAACCACACUCUCCAAUGUGUGUGUGUAUGUGUGUGUGUGUGCAUAUCGUUAUGUUAAAAAGAGCUGCCUCUGUUAGGGGAGGAAGGGUUUGCGUGUUGCUUCCUGCACCUUCCUUUUGUGAAUGCCUCUCAUGUGCCUCUCUAUAUGGAAACCGAGGCAUUGUUUGCAUGUGUGCACCAGUGCUGGUGAUGAGCAAGGAAAGAAGGGGGGAGGUCGAGGGGGGUGUUGAUUGCGUCUCUACAGCCAAGCAGGUGGUUGUCUCUGCCUUUUUUAUAUGCAUGCGAUGGCCACUGUCAUUGUGCCGCAGCGGCCAUUCGGUGAUUGUGGGGAGGGACUGUAAUCACGUCGCCAUUUACCAUCAUUACACAAGUACAAAGGAAGACAAUGUCUCGCACAUCUGGCCAUUUCCUCCACUGACCCUCACAUCAAUAUAAGCACAGGUGUCAGGCUGCCUGAGGGAUUCAGAGGGCUUUAAGGGCAGCUUUUCUGGAAUUGAUUUGCUGCUAUACGCUCAGUGCCUCUCAAAAACCCCAUAACCAAAGAUAGCGGAGGAUUUAAGGAAGUCAACAUGGCUAAUGUUUGCUUAUAGCAAUUGUUACCUGACACUUAAGUUCAUGGUUAGUCCACAAAACUGUCUUGUAAUGAAACCCCACUGAAGACCAUCAUGCAACUGCACACACACUACUUAACAAAAGUAACUAACUAGCUUCUAGGGCUGUUAUCAAUCAAAGCAAUUCUUGAUCGACUAAAACCCCUAAAUUUUCAACCAAAAAUCGACUAAUCGACUAAAACUAAACACAAAUAUCAUAUUCAGCAAACCACUGGACAUUGAUAAACAUGGACUCUCUUCAAUCUUUCUGUCUUCAGUCGGUCUCCAGUGGGUUGGGCAAAUCCAAAAUGGUUAAAACAAUAGAAUAUUCCUUUAUUCCUUUAUUGAUCACCCAUGGGGCAAUUUUUUUUGUCACAGAGCAAAGUGCAAAAAUGCAGUUAUAAAAAUAAAGAUCAUAUAUUAAGAACUUAAAUACAUGUUCUAAUUAAGAAAAAAAUUAGAAAAGGAAAAUGGGAGAAGAAAAUAAAACUAUAUACAAUAUACACAAUUUAAGUAACAGAAAAAAAAAAGUGGUGGUCUGAGUCCAGUUUUAUUGCAGUUUGUUGUAAAGUCUUAUUGCAGAAGGGAGGAAUGACCUGGGUGUUCUGAGACAGGCUGUUACCUGUGAGAUGGGGGUGCUCUGAAAACAAUCCAGUUAGCACUUGGUAAAUUCCUCCUAAUGAAAUUAAACAUAGACUGUUAAUUGAAAAAAAUCAAGUCCACCAAUCAGAAUCUUGGUCGACUCAGCACAAAUUGACCAAUAAGUCGACCAGUCGACUCGGACUUUACAGCUCUACUAAGUUCCUGCUGUUGUGUUAAUCCUGACUCACUGUUGCUGUCAUUUGAAAAGUAGAGUUUUUCCUCAUGCUGUUGUUACUGCGACUGACCGCCCUGCUUGUUUUUGCCCCCAGAAGGAGUAAAUACAGCAAGGCCAAGCAGGACUCUGACGAGGAGAAGCACUUACACCAAGGUAACUCGGAGUUAAGGCUCCGCCCACACGCUCUGUAAUUGAAAAACAUUAGCGCUGUCAGGUGUGCUCAUGUGCAUGCACUCCAGUGAAGCUCAUAAAACAGAGUGAAGAAAACACACCAGCUAUUUUGAAGUUAAUGUACUUGCACACCGGCACGCUCUGAACACCUCAUUAUCAAGUCAUCAGCAUUGUUAUUUGUCCCACAAAAAUUUGGAGUUAAUGAGCUCCAGCUCCAUCAGAGUCAGACACAGUGACAUGAAAAGCAAUGGAGUCAGAGAGUGAAGUGAGGUAUGAAGGGAAGAAAAGAGGAGGAGGAGGAGGAGGAGGAGAGGUGUCCACAGAGCAAGGCGGUGCAGCCUGCAGCAUGAUGGAAAUAAAGAACAGAUGGAGGGUAGUUGCAGGAAUGAAUUAACCUUCGCUUUUAACUCUCUGCUUUCCUUUCUUCCUUCCUUCCUUCCUUUCCUUAGGAGUGAGGAUCUACGUUGAUCCAUUUACCUAUGAGGACCCGAACCAGGCUGUGCGGGAGUUUGCCAAAGAGAUCGAUGCCUCCUGCAUCAAGAUUGAGAAAGUUAUUGGCAUCGGUGAGGAGCUGCUUUUUGUUUGUAAUUCAGCCGCUGUGCUUCUUUUAAACACAUUAUUAUGAGCAAAGUUUUAUGGGGAGCUUUUGCAGUCAAGCUUAAUGUAGCAUACUUUAGAUAAAAGCAUUCACCUAAUAGGAUAAUAGUAUAUUAGGUAUUCGUUUCAUGCAAAUAAUCUGCAGUCGGUGAGUCAUGUUUGGCUGUGCGUGCUUUUAUGUGCAAUCCUUUCAGAAAAAAAUGUUUGUUUUCCUGGACAAAGACACUUAGUGCGCAUUUAGAGAGGUCAAGCAGGAACAAAAGGAAAGAUAAAAAGCUAUAAGAGGCUAAAUAUGUUGUCUAUGCUAUUCCUGCGGCCACUGAAAAGUCAUCCAAUGACAAAAUAAUAAAGAGAAGGAAUCAAUAUCCAUUUCCCCUCUCUUUCUGCUCCAGUGGCUGAAGGGAGGAGGAGGGAGAGCGAGGGAUUAGAAACCCUGAUCAAUGUUUAAAGCAGACCCCUUCAAACCUGGGCGCGCGCGCACACACACACACACACACAGUCUCACAAACUCUCAGACUGGUGUGAUUUAUGGUCCGAGCUUUUCAGUAUCAGAGACCUCGUGUUUCAUCGCUCAGAGCUUCAAACCUGAUCAUGUUUUUUUGCAGGGGAGUUCGGCGAGGUCUGCAGCGGCCGCCUGAAGAUGCCAGGCAAGAGGGAGAUCUGCGUGGCCAUCAAGACUCUCAAGGCCGGAUACACGGACAAGCAGAGGAGGGACUUUCUGUCUGAGGCCAGCAUCAUGGGCCAGUUCGAUCACCCGAACAUCAUUCACCUGGAGGGCGUGGUCACCAAAUGUACGUCAGCGUGAGGCUUUAUUUACUCUUUAUACAAAGGAAGGUGAAGGCCAGCAGUUUAGCAUUAUUUCCAUUUAAUGUGAAAAUCUGUGUCACACACACACACACACACACACACACACACACACACACACACACACACACACACACACACGCAGGUUCCCAUUUACACACAAUGCCCAUUAUACUAUAAUAACACAGAAAGGACAUUCAUUUCUGCUGUCCCCUCUCUCCUUUAAAAAAUUGGAACAAUAAAUCAUUACAAAUGACUCUGACUUUGGAGAAGGGUGAAUGUAGGGGCAAACCUGUCUGAGCUUGUCCGAGGAGUGUGUGUAUUCAAAUGCUUACAUACUAACAACAGUCCCUGGAUCCCUGGAGGGUUUUUAUUUGUGAUGAUGUUGGAGAAGUCUCACCGAAAAGGGAUAUUUGUUUCCUCAACCCAAAGUAAGAGCUUUACCUGAUGACAGAAACAGAAACAAACUUGUGACUUAAAACUUUUUUGGUUUCCAAAAAUUCAAUUUCACCUUUGAUUUGAUUUUAGGAAAAUGCAUCUGGAGCUUUCUACAUUGAUUUUCAACAAAAAUGUUACAAGAGAGCACCCAAUAAAUCUGCAAACAGCCUCAAGUCUUUAUAAAAAAUCGACUUAGUGCAUAUUUAGAGAGGUCAGGCAGAAACUACAGGGAAAAUAAAAAAGCUAUAAGGGGCUACAAAUCUGCAAAUAGCCCCAAAACCUUCAUAAAAGAGCUGUUUUCUUAUCAUUUCUAACAGACAUCCCCAUAUGAGAACUUACCAAAUACUGAAAGUAGAAAUGAUUACUUCAUGAAAACAUUUGAUGCCAGCUUGUUUUUGUGUCAUGACGCUACACCUUUUUUUCACAGUCAGGACUGCAGUCAGGCCAAUUUAUCAGCAGGACUCUUCUACUACAGAGCCACGCUGCUGUAAUCCCUGCAGAAUGUGGUUUAUCAUCGUCUUGCUGAAAUGUGAAGGUCUUCCCUGGUUGGCCGCAGAUUUUGCUGUAUUGAAAUAAUUAGCAAAUUUAGUUUUAUCAGUAUUUUACUCAGCAUCCCAGCUCUUAGAUUGGAGUAAAUAAAACAUUUUUAAAAAACUACAUUAUUUUUACAAACUUAAAUGUGGUUCGGAGGAAUAAGAUCCAUUUAGGCUCAUACGUGCCAGGGCAACUGGGUUUGUAUUUGUGCCCUUGUGUUGUGUCCCGUCCAAUGUAUCCCCAGGUGGUCUGUGUCCAGAUGGAAGGGGUCUAACGCUGGUGAGGGAGGGAAGUGCGGUUGAGUAGGGGGUCUAAUGGGUCCAGAAACAAGCCCUGUAGCAUGGCACUGGGCUCAUUAAUCAUGGUGUCAGCUGUAAAUGUGUUUGGGGUUAGGGAGUGAUACCCUAUCCCUCCUCUAUCUGCUGCUGCUCAGCCAUAAAGCACCGACAAAAUCUCCCUCUAUCUGCCCUUGGCACUCUCUCCUCAGUCUCUCUGGUUCUUCCUGCUUUUUUCACCUUUCCCUGAUGCUGUUUCUGCAGCCAGAAGUGUGUGUGUGUGUGUGUGUGUGUGUGUGUGUGUGUUUGCACAAAACAUAUCUGUGCACCUUUGAUUGCAUGCAUGUGUGUGUGAGUGUUACCAUAGCUGAUCAGGCGCAGGUUAGAUGGAUGAAGUGCCUUAAUGUGUCGUGACACAACAGCCUGGCUCUAUCUGAGCUAGAUAACACUGUCUCAUUCACUCUUGCGCGCACACACGCACACACAAACACACAUACACACACACACACACACACUUGGCCCUGAAAGCUUAAAGUGAGCAGCAGCACAGGCUGAAUUGCUUAUCACCUAUCACACCUUUCAGUGCAGGGAAUGACCUCUUAGACCUCGCAGGAGCUGGAGAGAAAAGGCGGACAGAUGGACAGGAGGAAGGGAGAGAAACCGGAGACAAGCAGCGGAGAGAGAGAGAGGGCGCAAAUAGAGACGCAGAGAGAAAGAGACAGGAAGGCGGUUAGUUGCUGAUGGAUUCGUAGAAAGACAGAAAAACAGCGAGAGAAAGUGCAGGGAGGUAAAACUGCUGAACCAGAGGAUUGAACAGAAAGAGACGGAGCGAGACAGAGGAAGGACAAGCAGAUGAGAUACGCUGCAGUGACAGGAGCCAAAGCAGGAAGAUCAUCAGAUAACUCCCACUCCACCUUCUUCCUCUCUUGCUUUGCAGAGCUUGACACAAGGUUUGGGUAAAUUAGUCCUUUACACUUGAGAGUGUCGGAGGAAUCUAUUAAAAAUCCAUUAUUUGAAUUGCACUCCUCUCUCUAUUACAAUCAAGUUAAAAGUAAUUUUCAAUCUGGCCUCAGUUUGCUGGCAUGUCCAACAGAGCCAAUUAAGGCUUAUUAAUUAUGGAGGAACUCCAAAUAGGCACUGAAAUACAGAAAUGUGCAGAAGUGUCUCACUGAGGACCGCUGGCUGGACUCUACCGACUUCAAGCUUGGAUAUACUUAAUGUUUCCAUCAUGCUAACAUGUAAUUAAAAUUCAGCCUCCAUUUGAGCUCAGACGUGAUGUGUUUAACAGCUGAUUUGCAUAAAGUAAAAGCGUACUAAUUUGAAAAUGAUCUGCAUUUAAGAGCGCCGUCUUUGUUAGCGGCAAGCGCCUCCGCCUCCGUGGAGCGUUUGCACAACGUUCCCCGAUAUCGUUCCUCGUUGCAUUUUUUAUUCCUCUGUUCAUGUUUUGUUGGCAGGUGAUAAUCGGUCCGUUGGCGGGGCCCUCGCCCAGAGUUCAUUGCCAAAGGCGGCGGGGCGUAUUCAGUAAACAAGGAAUUAGCAUGCAAAUGGGAAGGGAGGAAGAGGGCGGGGCUGUGGAGGCGAGAGUUUAAGGUCGCAGGUCAGACGCUCCUCAGACUUGAUUGGGGAGCUGUCAAUCUUAGGCUGCCCUGGGGCAGAAGUGCGCAACAAAGGGAACAAAGAUGGCUGACAAAGAGGGCCCCCAGCUCUCCCCCGACUUAAACUCCACUUCCUCUUUUUGGGGCAUCGCCGGAGUGCCCCGUAAUUAAUGGAGUGCCAAUCACGCGGCGGGUAAGGCGGUGACUGACGGCCUCUUGGCACAGCUAAAGGCCUGCUGUGGAGUGGAGGAACUUCACCUCCAGACCUCAGCUGCCAACUGCUUGGCCGGCUCCUGGAGUGUACGAGAGAUUUCACACAAACUCGCCAUAAGACUUGAGCAUUAAGUCAGCACUUCCCUUCAAUGCAACAAGUCCACCUGAACUGCACCAUUUCAAUCCAGGAGGACUUUACAGCUGCACUUCUGCAGCAUGUGCUGUCACCAUGGCUGGUUAUGCACCAGCUUUCAGCCAUUUAGUCCAAAAACAAGCCACCCUCCUUCCUUUCCUCCCUUCCUUCCCCUCAUCUCGCCUUUCCUCAUGCCCACUAUCCCCUCCCCUUCAUCAUGAGAGACAAAGACAGAAAGAGACCCACCAGGGAAUGUCCUCCCUCCCCAUCGCCUUCGGCUUAGAUAAAGACACAGACGGUCCCCCAAGAGAGAUGAAGAGGGGAAGACAGAGGGAUGGGGUGAAAAAGGCCAGAGAGGAGUGGCGGUGGCAGGAUUGGAGGGGCAAAGAGAGUGAGGGGAGAGUAUUUAGAGAGGGAGAAAAAAAAGAAAGCAACAGCUAGCAGGAGAGUGACAGAUGUGUCCAAAAUUGGCAGAGAAGAGAGAGGGCAAAGGGACAGUGAGCGACAGAAAUAGGGAGUCGGAGGGAUUCUGGUAGGUUGACUGUGAUGACACUUUGGAUAGAGCGUCCAAUGUCAGUGCGUAUUUGCAUAACCACAAGCUAGUGUGUGUGUGUGUGUGUGUGUGUGUGUGUGUGUGUGUGUGUGUUUGUGGUGGAGUUUAGUUGCAGUGGAGAUGCCUUCGCAUAUGCAGGGAAAAACAGGAGACGUCAGACCAACUGUAACACUGGGCUAAUUAAAUCGCUACGGGACAGAGAUGGAUGGUGUCGCUCUCUCUCUCUCUAUCCCACACACUCCCCAGAGACCCCCCUGCUGUGUGGGGCUGUGAUGUGCAUCGUUUACCUCUCUAAUCAUCUGCCUUUCAUUCUCUCACUCUUUCCCUCUCCCUCUUUUUUUCUAGGUAAGCCAGUGAUGAUUAUCACCGAGUACAUGGAAAACGGAUCGCUGGAUGCAUUUCUGAGGGUCAGUCAUGCGUUUCUGUCUGCACAUGCGUGUGCGUGUGUGUGUGUGUGUGUGUGUGUGUGUGUGUGUGUGUGUGUGUGUGUGUGUGUGUGUGUGUGUGUGUGUGAUAUAACCGAAGCGUGCUGAUCCCAUCUUAUCUCUGUAAUGUCAUCCCCCUGAAAUUACAAGUGUUGGUUCGCAAACAUUCACUCUAAUCUUUAUCCUUCCCUUGACUGAGUGACUGGUGCAGGUUUUACCUUCAAGGUUCACUAAACUUCUGGUUUUACAUGAAACUUUUGUACACUUCAAGAACUCCUCUGAGUGUCAGAUCCAAAAAAACAAUAAAUGAAGACUUGGCGUAAAUAUUUUUACAAUAGUUAUAAGUAAAUGUAGAGCAAUCACAUUAUUUGAUUUUCACCUCAUGAAUAUUGUGGCUAAAAAUUCACAUGAAAGAUUUCAUGACAGCUCAUGUUAAUCCAAAACAAAGGAACUAUACAGUAGUGUGUUUAUUACAUCAAAACACAGUCGACUUGCUGAUUCAAAGUUGUGUUUUUCACCAGCAUCAUGACACCGCCUCUGAUUAAACGAAAGCCUGCUUUUUUCUUUCUCCAUUUUUCUCUCAAUGAAAAGUAAAAGCAUGUUAUUCAUAAUGCAAGAAAUUAAGAAAACAUGGUAAAAUGUCGAAAAGCUUUGUAAACAAUGGGUUCAUAAGGACAUGUUCUGUUUUGAUUGUCUUCGGCAAAGAUGGUGAGGCAAAGUGAAAUCACAACAGCCUUUAUAGUUACUUAAAAGUACAUUAUAAUGUGUUACACUCGAUUUAUUUUGAUUGAGUCAGUUUUGUUGGUAUGAUUGAGUAUCAAUGGUGCGGGAAAAUAAUGAUGGUGGUUGUGUGAGUGCGAAAUACUUGAGAUUAGAUCUAAAAUGCCUGAGAUGUGCUGCAAUAAUAAAACAUUUCAAACAUUUUUAUCCUGCAGAAGAACGACGGUCGCUUCACUGUCAUCCAGCUGGUCGGCAUCCUGCGGGGGAUUGCGUCUGGUAUGAAGUACCUCUCAGACAUGAGCUACGUCCACCGUGACCUGGCGGCGCGCAACAUCCUAGUCAACAGCAACCUGGUGUGCAAGGUGUCUGACUUUGGCAUGUCCCGGGUGCUGGAGGAUGACCCAGAGGCUGCAUACACCACCAGGGUGAGUAUGUGUGUGUGUGUGUGUAUGUAUGCGAGUGUGUGAGUCAGUGGUCUGUGUGUGUCACCUUACUUGUCAGCUUUGUCAGCUCUCAUUAAUCAGCUCUGUUUUCAAUUUCAGGGAGGAAAGAUUCCCAUCCGCUGGACGGCCCCUGAGGCCAUCGCUUACAGAAAGUUCACCUCGGCCAGCGACGUGUGGAGCUACGGCAUUGUCAUGUGGGAGGUGAUGUCAUACGGCGAGAGACCAUACUGGGACAUGAGCAACCAAGACGUAAGUCAGGCAAUCAUGAAACUUGGAUUGGAGGCAAUGAAAGCUGAAAAUGAUAACUCUCAGUUGGCUGUACUGGUGGAAAAAUGUGUAAAUACUUUAUCAAUUUCAUACAAAACCAAAUGACUCACAUGAGUGUUAGCACAGCAGCAGCAGUGAAUCAGCUUUUCACAUUUCUACAACCACUAAUGGUGAUAACAAUGAAAUGAUGUGGCUGCAUAAAACCAGGUGAUUAAAAAUGAAGAUUAUAACAUUAGAGGUAAAAACACAAACAAAGUGACUUACAGCCUCUCUGAUGUCCUGUCCAGGUGAUCAAGGCUAUAGAUGAAGGCUACCGGCUGCCCCCACCCAUGGACUGCCCCGUGGCGCUGCAUCAGCUCAUGUUGGACUGCUGGCAGAGAGAGAGAGCUGACAGGCCGAAGUUUGGACAGAUCGUCAACAUGCUGGACAAACUGAUCCGCAACCCCAACACCCUGAAGAGGACCGGAGGAGAGACAGCCGUCAGGUGAGAGGACGGCAGAUAGAGCAAUGAUCAAGGACGAGGCAAAUGAAUUCUAGCUCAGUCAUCUAAGAGAAGAUAAAGAGAAGAGUGAAAUAUUCAAACAAAGAUAAACUACAUAGUUUUUAAAUUUCUACCUCAAGAGCUUAAAAUCAUUUUAAUAGCAACAUGAAAAUAAUUAAGAUUCAAAAUCAAAAAACAAAUAUUCAUGCUGAGCAAGGAGAGCAAAUUAAACUGUAAUUAAAGAGGAAAGCGUAAGAAGAAUAUCCGCUCAUGCAGAAGUUUGGUUAAAUUGAAGACAUUGUACUGGAGGAGAAAUCUAACUUCUAAAGGUCUGCGUACUAUCAGAGACAGUCUGAUUCAAUCUCUCAAAAAUUACAAUAAUCUGUGAUGGUUUGCUAUACUUUAGUCAAAUUUUGUGAUUUUCUGUUGCUGUGCCAGACAGAUGGUGCUAUCUUUGUUUUGAUCUGUUGACCACUCAGAGGCUGUACAUUUGGUCAUUGUGACCUGUAAAAGUCCAGUCAAAGGUCAGUGCAGCCUGAGACUCAUCAUAGUCUGCCCUCAGUGUGGAAAUAAAAAAAAAAGAUAAAACUUCUUCACAUCUUCUUCAGAUUAUUCUAGUAUCAGUACAUCUGUGCUUUUUCUGUGUACAGAUACUUGGGUGCUUCAUUGACAGACGAUACUUUCAAUUAAAUUUGUUAGAACCUUAUUCUAUGCCCCCUAAAAUAUAAUUUUGACAAGUAUUUUCCUGAGACUAAGUCUUGAAACAGGGAUCUCUUAUAAUCGGGUUCUUAAAUUUGCGUCAGAAGAAAAUUUAAAAACAUAUUUUCCCAAUUUAAUAGUUGUAUUAUAACCACAAGCAGUUAUGUAGGAAGUGAUUUUAACCAUGCAUUUUACCAGAGAGAAGUUGGUGAAUGUUUUUGCAUCUUUUGUCAGUUUUGCUCUUUGUACACCAAAGUCAUGUCUAGCUGUGCAGACGUGAUUAAGAUCCAAAAAUAAGGACUCAAUUAGUAAGAAAAGGUUGCAAGAUGAAUGAUCUCGAUAGAUUUUGAGAAACAAGAUUCACAGCCGUACUUGUUUUAUAAAAAAAAACUACAUAAAUACAUCAAUGUGACCUUUGACCUCUGAUCAUCACACAUGAAAAAUUGACUAAGGUAGAAAUAUCAGUAUCAUGUAAAUUUGUGUAUAUUUCACAUACUUUAGGGAAAUCCCACAGUUUGUUUCUGUUACAGUGAGGUUACGAUGAUACAAUAGUCCUAAACAGCUCUAAAGCACAGAAAUAUUCAAUUACGUUUGAAGAGAAAAGCUGCAGGUGUGUCAUGAUAAAACAUUAAUCAGUGUAAACACACACGUGCAGCUUAUUUAGGCAGCAAAUUAUUGACCUCUCGCACUAAAGCAAACACACACUCACACACUUACCCACUCUGCUGCUGUUUACAUUCACCAUUAAACAUUAUCUACCAGCAACAAGCACCCUCUGUAAUGGAGUUCUCUGCAAACUCGCUUUAAUGGAGCCGUAUAAUCAGGAAUGUAGCCGCUCUAACGGGGAAGAAUUACGAUGUAACACUGAGUUAAAAACAAACAUGACCCCACGGCUCCCGCACCAUUACUCUAAACGUGUUAAGAAUGACCUACGUGUGUUUACAGACUCGACGCAGGCCAGGGGGAGUCUGUUUGACUUUAAUGAGUGUGUGAGUACAUGCACGCACACACACACUCUUGCCCAAUGGGACGCGAGAGAGGAGCUCUGGAGGAGUAAUUAGCGGAGCUGAAUCCUGUAAAUGCAGCUUUUUACUGUUACAAGAAGGGAAGAGGAAUGUGUGUGUCUGUGGAAAAGGAUCUUCGUGCAUAAUCUUCCCACCUACUGACUUAUUAAAGAGUCUGACAUCCUGUUCUCAUAGUUUAACUCAACAUGCUUUUUUUAAAGACAACAGAGCGAUAAAGAGAGGGAGAGUGAGAGAGUCACCCGAGCGAGAAGACAUUGCCACCAACUCAGGCUCAGCAGCCCGGUGUAAAUGUUUAAUGGCCCACAGCGCUCCUGAAACGGAGAGAAAGACGUGAGAAAAAGGGGGACAUAUUCUGCAGAUGAAUAUCUGAAUGUGAUGAAAACUCUGGUGAGCGGUAAAGUCCACCAAAGUGUGGCGAGGGUGCGUGUUUUCGGUAAAAGGAGGGAUUAACUAACUGUGUCCAUGGCUCUCAGGAGGAACCCUGUUUGACUUGGCUGGGUUUUCACAAAACAGGGAUACAAAACAGAGCCGAACCUGACAGAGCUGCUGACAGGAGAAAACUAAAGAGAAAUGUUGCAUGGUGCAUUUUACAGUUUGUGGAAAGCGCCCCGUCAUCACACACACCAGGUGUAUGUGUGUAACAGACUUAGUCAGGGAGCAGGAAAACCCGUAUUCCCGUCGGCUGCUGUUUAGUCAUGAAUCAGAGGAUCAUUACCUACUUUAACAGAGUGUAACUUUUAUCGCCCGUUUGCACAGACACUUGCAGACAUCACGGUGCAGAUGCUUCAAACAUGAACUGCAAGUUCCAGAUCAUAAAACUCAGUCUCUGCUGUUCUUUCCUCCAACCCACCAGGCCCAACACCACCCUGCUGGAGCCCGGCAGCCCUGAGGCAUCAUCAGCUGCAGGUACGGUGGAGGACUGGCUGCAGGCCAUCGGCAUGGAGAGAUACUGCGACAACUUCACCGCCGCUGGAUACACCACUCCAGAGGCCGUGGUCCACAUGACACAAGAGUGAGUAGAGUGGGGAGGCAAAGGGGGAGAGACAGGAGGAAACGGAGAGUUAUGGAUGAUGAAAACAGGACUUUAAAAUCCAUCACUUUGUGUCCAUCUAUGUGUUUGUUUUUGUCCGAUCCUAAAAUAGCCUCCUCUCCUCAUCUUUUUUCAGGGACAUGGCUCGCAUAGGCAUCUCCUCGGCAGCACAUCAGAACAAGAUCCUGACCAGCGUCCAGGGAAUGCUGUCGCAAAUGCAACAGAUUCAAGGCAGAAUGGUUCCCGUCUGAGAUUAUCACAAAGAAAAAAGGAAAAAAAAGGAAGCAGAGCGACUUUGUUUCAUAUGAAAAAAUAAAUAACAAAAAAGAUUAAGUAUAAAAAAAGAGACAAAUAAACUAUGAAGAGAUAGUUUACCUCAUCCAUGCACUUUAAAUUGGAUCUAAAAGAAAAGAUGAUGUUGAAGUAGAAGAAAAAGUGGUGAAACUGGCACUUUUUGUAAUCAGACCUUUACUUGCCCUUUCCGUGUUGUUUUGGAGAUUGGGACGCUUCUGUGUGAGAGCGGCAUUUACGGACAGACAGAGGGACGGCUGGAAAAGUGAUUCCAAGAGGCCGAUCUGGAGUGCCUUUAAUGGUCUGGAAGGAAAAGCGAAGAAGGGAGGGAGCAGUACCUCUCUCUUUCUUCUGUUGGGCAGAGAGUUUUUUUUCUGGAACUUUCUUUCUGGAAUAAUCCGUGGAGCAGAUUUUUUUUGAUUUCCUGUGACUGUGUUUAUUGUACAUGAAUCGUUUCUGUGGGACUCGCAGGCCGUCAUUGUUCCCUCUCAGCUGGAUCUGUUUGAUAUCUUACAGACUAAAUGGAGGAUCCUGACGCUCGUGUAUAAACUAUGAACCUCUGAAAGGUUGAGGGUUGAACCUGAGCAGAGAUGGUAGUUCAUGGGGGAGGGGGGUUUAUCUUGAGGAGCGUUCGGUGCUGCUGGCCUUGUUUUCUUCUGGACGUUGUCUUCUGUUGCCCUCAGGAUGUUGCUAAGGGUGUCUCUGAUCUUCCAGAGUAUUUUUCUCACUCCCUCGUCUUCCCAGUGAAACAAUGCCCUCCUUCUCCUCAGACAGACGCUAUUUGGAUACUUCCAUUCAGCUCCACAUGAGCCACUUCAAGACCCCCGAUUCUCCCCCAGAAUUACACCUGCUUCAAAAAUCGGACGCUACACAAAUGGAGUUAAAAAGCAGGAUUUCUAGUUUGGAUUUUUUUGGACGAAAGGCUGCAACACAGAGUAAAAUUGAUGAAGAUUGAAUCAGCAUCAUCAUCAACCUCAAGAACUAAACAAGAGAAGAAGAAGAGGAUUACUUCAACCAUCAUCAAGGUGAGAAUCAGCAGUAUUAAUCUCAAACUCAGCACAAAAGGCCCCAUGAAGGAAACACAAAUAUGGAAUUAAACCUUUGUUUGUUAUUGAAAUGUGCGAUUUAUAUCAGUGGUGUCUAGACUAAGUGUAUCAAAAGACUCAUUACACCCCCCGUCUCUCAUCAGAGGCCCCUCAGCACCAGAUUCUGUGUUAAUUAACAAGCCGGUCGCAGCUCCUCAGGCAGCCACAGCGGAUCAAUAUCUGCUGGUCUGUGAUCAGUCUGUGGGUCUCAUGCUGCUGGCAUGUUAAUGGGAAAAAUUAAUCAACCACUGAAUCCUAGUCAGCCAAACAGCCCACUGCAGCUCUGCAACACUUUAGAGAUAUAGAAGUUGUGUGUUUUAGCUAGGCUUUGUUUAGGGGUCAGUAUACCAGUGUGUGCCAUGGUAACAGGAAGGAUUUUUAUAGAUUGAACACCCAAAAGAUGUCUUUUCUGAGAUUUAUUUACUGUAUGCAAAGAAAUGAGAAAUAAAAUUAAUUAAUGCCAUUUAAAAUACACCUGAAAAAGUGGUUUUGUCUUACAUAAAGGUCCAGUUUGGGGUACGUGACAUUACACUGCCGUACUUACCUUUAAAAACAGUGUUUGCGCGACAAAGCAGCUCACGUUAAAAUCCAUUCCCUCUGUGAGACUGGCAGCUUCCUGAGGACAAACGUGUGAGCUUUUCUAUCCUGCAAAGAUGAUCAGAGUGACAGAGUGACAUUAUGUUUUAACCGAGGGGCCUUUCAAGAGUCACUGCGGACAAAUCAGUCUGAAAGAGUUUGACGCUACAUCUGUGCAGUAGUUACAUCUCCAUUUGGUUAACACAGUGUUUAGCUACUGCUUUAAACUGAUUUGUAAGAACCCUAACUACCAUUCAUUAUUCCUUGGUUAUAUUUCUUUAUUAAAUGCUCAAAUAGAACCCUAUAGUAUGGUGUGUUUGGUAGGUGGGGCUUAACUGGAGGCAAGACACCCAAUGUUUAUCUAGCAAGUUGUUUUUAGCUUGUUUAUUAAAGAUCGCCUCUGUCCAGUCUUUUUUUUAAUCCCAUUUGACCAAAGCUGUCUUGGUUUUUGCUGACUGGCAGCUGUUGCUGAUAUACAAUACAAUAUCUACGGACUUCUUACCCCUUCUGUUCUGGUGCUAGCAGCACAGCAAGACAACAUUUUAGGCUUUCUAUGAUUCUCUCUACCAUACAGUGUUGUGAUAGAAAUGUUAGCUUAGCUCCAUAACAGAGACGGCUGUUUGACCCUCCGACCGCUCUUUAUAGGGCCAUUUUGACUUUUUAAAAUCAGCUUUUAAUUCUCGUUGUCCUAUAACUAAUAUGCGAGCUUGAAUUUUACCUAAAUUAUCCCAGAACAAUGCUAACAUAUUGACAGCAUCCAGGCAGCACAUUGGAUGCCUGUGGUGCUUCAAUAUGCAAAGAGAAAUCAGCGCUUUAUUCUGUCUGGCAUGAAGCAAUAAUAGAAGGAGGGAAAUAGGAAAACCUGCUCUCUAGGGAACUGGAUUGUGAUGUUCCACGUAUAAGAGACAAAUCUUUUCGUGGAUGAUACAUCACAGUUUUCCCAUCAGUUAUUUUAAAGAGCAUUAAAACCCUAAAACUUCAGACAUUUAAUCCUGUAAAUGUUGCAGAGAAACGGUUUAUGGAUCGAUAAAAAUAGUCACAGAUUAAUCUUUGUUCCUUUUAUCUAUUUAUCAUUUGCAAAUGUGAUUUCAGAAAGUAGUAAUCUUCGUAUCUGGCCGAUCCUUCUUUGAUCAAUGCUGCUGGGCUGAGUUUAAAAAAUCACAAAACAAUAAAUCUUUCAGCAUAAAUCCGUUAACUUCAUGUUCAACAAAUAAUCCAAACUGCUUCACAAGGCUUUUUGAGCACCAAACAAAAGCUGGGAUAAAUAUUUAAAGUCUUUGCGCUGUAAUUAAUCCAUAUUUCCUGCUGGAGAAAUUCGAAACCAUACAGAGGGAUUUAUUUCACUUUAAAAACACAGAGCGGUUUGACCGUCUAGAAUUUGCAGAAGGAGUAUUUAUCUAAUGUACUGGCUGGUUAAAUGUCUAUUUGUGUGCUUUCAAUGUGGGCCAAUAAAUCAAGGGCAUCUUUCACAUAUUACAUACACACAACAACAUGUGGUGCACACAAGUUAAUACAUUGCUGCCACGAAAUCCAUAUUUCCUCCCUGCAGGGCGGCCGCUCGUAGUCUCUGGCUGCUCCGGCUUUGGCAUUCGAUCUUGUUUAGCAGAUGAGUCGAAUGUUCCGUCGAGCCGGAGCUGCAGAGCAGCAGUAUUGCUGGUCGGGCCUGCAUGCCAAGUAGAAAUUGUUUACAUUCAAAACCACCAUGACUGAUGCAGCCUCCCUUUUUUCCUCCCCUCUUUUUAUUCACCACAGCUGCUGCCGUCCAUCCUGAUGGAUCCCAGCCCCGCUCCUCGCUCGCCAUGAUCCGAAUUCUUCCUCAGCCUCUCUCCUUUUGUCUUCCUCCUCCUCCUCCUCCUGCUUUUUCCCCUCUGACACUAAGACGACAAAUUCAUCCACAAGCAUCUGGGACGUCCACCUUCACGUUCCUGUGGUCACUCAGCAAUGUACUGGAAUUCCUAUGAAUGAUUUAACAGCAUCAUAAAAAGAGACAAUAAGAAGAAUGUAAUAUAAUCCAGAGGGCCUGCUCCAGCGGAUAAUGUACUUUAUUUUGAAAGUUUCACUUCCUUUUGUGACUUUUUUAUCGUUUUGUUCUGUUUGCAUGUAGCGUAACAACUGUUUUAUUUGAGCGUGUGGACGUGAUGAAGUGUGCACGAGUGUGUGUAGCUGUAUGAGUGACGUCUUUGCAGUACUAUCAGUAAUCGUGUCUGUUUUCAUGCCACUGUGGAGAAAGAGGAGGUAACAGAUGUUUGACAUAAAAAAGCAAAAAAAAUCAGGACUUUUUUUUUUCUUUGCUUUGAGUCCUCUGAAAAAUAAAUAAAAACAAACAAAAACAAACAAACAAAAAAAAUGUAAACUGUGUCGCUCCGAUCGUGCGAACUCUACUCAGUUACAGCAUUUAUAAAACCGCUUUCUGGAAUGCAACCCAUGUCUGCUUUGGCAGCGGCUGCGGCUGGACACACGGUUUUGGAAACACAGACGAGUGUGACUAAAAGCCUCUUCUAGCUCCUGAAAGGUCGCGACGGAAACGUGGGAACUCUUCCUUUCCAUGUGGAAAUUCAAAAAGGAUCAGAAGUGUGAGAAAAAGGUGUCAAAGAAGGGAAAAGUGUUGGUUAUUUUCAUUUUUUUCCAGAGCACAUCAUACAGCUACAAGUUUAACCCAAUGGACGAUGUUUGUUUUGACCUUUUCUCUCUUUCAACUUUACUUAUGUGAAUGUUUCUGAACUUGUAAGGUUUCAUAUAAUACAGAAACACCUCCGUCCUUAAUACAGCUGUACUGCUCUCUCCUUUUUUGGUGAUGUGCUCUUCUUUUGGGUUUUAUCUUUCGACAAAAGGACCUGUAUGGAAAUAUGCAAGGCAUGUUGGGAAGGAGAAGGAAACCAGAAUGUACUGUAAAAUACUUUUUUCUUUUGCUUAAAUGUUGGACAAUUUGAAAAAAGAAGAAAAAAAUUAACAAAACACAGGAGUUAAUGUUUGUCAUUGUAUGCCUUUUGACGCCAUAUGAUCUAGUCCCGUAGAUCUAACAUUCUCGCAAUCUUGUUUUGUACAAUUCUUUUUGACAUGAUCAUGUUUUUUUUUUUUUUUUGCCUUGUUUCAUUUUGUUUUAUUUUGUUUUUGUCAAUGAGCUCUAGGUACAUGUAACUUAUGUCAUUUAUUUAUGUCCUUUUAUAUCUAGUUUGUAAAAUAAUAGCCUAAAGUGAAGAAAAUAAAGGGGUGCCAAAGUGCAUUCUUAAUAAAGUAGAAACAAUACAAUGA